UAACAUUACAGUGGAGUGUAUAGGGCCCACAACAGCCCUGGCAUAGCAAGCCAUGGCGAACGCAAAAAUGAAGAUAAUUCUUCCGCUGGUCGUCUGGAUAUGGCUUCAAACAACGACUGCCCAGUCCUUCGGAGGGAUUGGAUUUGGUAUAAAACGAGAGAUAUUUUUUCUAAAUUUAGAGGACGGAUACUUUGGCUGUCAAGUGAACGAAUCGACGGACGUGCUGCAACUGUUCGAACUGUCGAAGCUGUGUGACGGUGUGCCGAAUUGUUUUUUAGGAUCGGACGAACUUGCCAAAGAGUUAAAAUGCACAAAUGAUUGUCGGAAGGACGACGGUACCGAGUGUCAGAAUGGUGCCUGUCUCGACAACCAAUGUCACUGCAACGACGGUUUCGGUGGCUGCAGUUGCGAAGUCCCCGAUGAAAACGAAUGUAAAUACCGACCGUGCGAUGUGUUUGCGCAUUGUACUAACACUUUGGGCAGUUUUUCCUGUACGUGUUUCCCCGGAUAUCAUGGAGACGGUUUCCACUGUGAAGACAUCGACGAGUGCCAGGAUCCCGCAAUCGCGGCAAGAUGCGUCGAGAACGCCGAAUGUUGCAACCUGCCGGCGCAUUUCCUAUGCAAGUGCAAUCCGGGAUUCGAGGGCGACGGAGAGGUCCAAUGUCUCGACAUUGAUGAAUGCAUCAACCCGAACGCGUGCGGACAGAACGCUAUUUGCCAGAACACCAUCGGCAACUACACGUGCGUGUGUCCCGAAGGAUUCGCCGGAAACCCCUACGACGGUUGUUCGGACGUCAACGAAUGCGACCAUCCCAACGCCUGCGGACCUGGAGCCCUUUGCACCAACGUACUUGGAGGCAGACAGUGUCAUUGUCCACCUGGCUAUGAAGGAGACCCUUACACAACUGGAUGCGGCGAUAUGAACGAGUGCUCAAGAGAGAAUCCCUGUGGCAGAAGUGCCAUUUGCACCAACCUGGAUGGCAGUUUUAAGUGUGCAUGUCCCCCAGGAUUUAUCGGUGACCCGAUGACCGAAUGUACAGAUAUUAACGAGUGCGACUCGAACCCUUGCGACGUAACCGCACAGUGCGUAAACUCGAACGGGAGCUACGCCUGUCUGUGUCCCGAGGGAUACACCGGCGAUGGGAAGGAGACGUGUGUCGACGUGAACGAAUGCGGGAGAGCAGGAGCCUGUGGCAUUAACGCCAAAUGCAUUAACGUGCCGGGCUCGUUCAAAUGUAUAUGCCCCCAAGGCUUCACCGGACAGGGAAAACUGUACUGUGAAAAUAUUAACGAAUGUGAGCAAAACCCGUGCGGCGAAAACGCUGUGUGCAAAGACACAGUCGGUAGCUACACUUGCACGUGCAAAGAAGACUACACAGGAGAUCCCUUCAAAGGUUGCGUGGACAUUAACGAAUGCGAAGUCCUCGAAAAACCCUGCGGCUCGCACGCAAUAUGCGAAAACGCCGCACCAGGUUACCAAUGCAUAUGCCCCCAAGGCUACCAAGGUAGCCCCACGCCCCAAGUCGCCUGCGAACAGAUCGACGUAAACAUCCUCUGUAAAUCAAACUUUGAUUGUACCAACAACGCCGAAUGCGUAGAUAACCAGUGCUUCUGCCAAAAAGGCUUCGUGGCCAAAGGAGCUGUUUGCGUAGAUGUUGACGAAUGUCAGGCUGAACCUUGCGGACCGUUCUCAGUAUGCACCAACACAGUCGGCAGUUUUCAUUGCGAAUGCGAAAACGGUUACGUGGGUGCCCCACCCAUGGUGCAAUGCAAAGCCCCAUGUGAAGACGUCAAGUGUGGCGACCACGCUUAUUGCAAACCAGACGGACAGGAAGCUUACUGUAUCUGUGAAGAUGGUUGGACCUUCAACCCCAGCGACAUUGCUGCCGGUUGCAUAGACAUCGACGAGUGCGAUAAGAUUAACGGGCCAAGCGGAAGGUGUGGUCAAAAUGCUCUUUGCACAAACUUACCUGGCACCUUCGCAUGUCAUUGCCCGCCAGGCUAUUCGGGCAACCCAUCGGUCCAAUGCAACGACAUAGACGAGUGUUCUAAGCACAGCUCUUGUGGUAUCGGAGCUAUUUGCAUCAACCAACCUGGCUCCUUCACAUGUGAAUGUCCAGAAGGAAGCGUACCAGAUCCAGACCCAAAGACCAAAUGCAACGAAAUCGUCACCUGCAACGCUGACUCUGACUGUCCCGGCAACGCAAUCUGUGACCACCUUAAGCGCUGCCUUUGCCCGGAACCAAACGUGGGCAACGACUGUAGACAUCCCUGCGAGACUAUUAGCUGCAACCUCAACGAACAAUGCAUGUUGGUAAACCAAGAAGCCAAAUGUAUUUGCAGCACGGGCUACACCAGCUCUGGACAAGGAUGCGUGGAUAUAGACGAGUGCCUAACCAAUCCAUGCCAACAAGGUGCAAUUUGCAAAAACGAACCGGGCACCUUCUCCUGUCAGUGUCCUGGAGGAACCACCGGCGAUCCAUACCGAUCAGGUUGCACCAAAUCUGACAUUCCCACACCAGGAUGCUCCGACUCUAAUCCUUGUCCACCAGGAGAACAAUGCAUUCUGGAUGACUUUACCGAAACAAGCGUGUGCAUCUGCGUACAAGGGUACGUUAGAGACCACGAUACAGGCAAAUGCAGGGAUGUCGACGAAUGUACAGAGCUGCGGGAAAAACCAGCUUGCGGUAUCAACGCCAUUUGCAAAAACUUGCCCGGAAGUUACGACUGUCAGUGCGCACCAGGCUUUAACGGGAAUCCAUUUUUGGAGUGCUUGGAAUGCAACAGCCCUGACUGCAGAUGUCAACCACCUUACAAACUGACAGACGGAAACUGUGUACUUGCCAGUUGUGAAUCUGAUGGAACAUGUCCAAACGGUGCCGAAUGUAUCACUAUCACCGGAGGUGUAAGUUACUGCGCCUGCCCUAAAGGUUUCAAAACACUUCCAGACGGCUCUUGCAAAGACAUCAACGAAUGCAGUGAACAACAACAAGUAUGUGGCUAUGGAGCUGAAUGUUACAACAAUCCUGGCUCAUUCGAGUGCCGCUGUCCACAAGGUUACAGUGGUGACCCAUACAACGGUCUUUGUGCUCCGGCUCAAAAACAAUGCAGUCACGAUAGGGAUUGCACAGCCAACGAAAGAUGCGUACAACCUGGUGAAUGUGUCUGUCCUCCACCUUACUACACCGAUCCGCAAGACGGCAACAAAUGUAAGAGCCCUUGUGAAAGAUUCCCUUGUGGCAUGAACGCCAAAUGUACGCCAAGCGAUCCGCCGAAAUGUAUGUGCGAAACCGGCCACAAAGGUGAUCCUUACCAAGGCUGUAUAGACAUCGACGAAUGCGAAGAAGCCCCUUGCGCAUACGGAGCCCAUUGUUUGAAUCAGAAAGGUGGCUACAAAUGUAUUUGUCCAAAGGGAAUGGAAGGAGAUCCGUACAAGGGAGGAUGCAUCCUUGAAACCUACGGAGUUGGCAAAACUGAAUGUACCUCAAACCAUGACUGUGCUAAUAAUCUGGCGUGUACGGACGGAACUUGUAUAAGUCCUUGCGCCUCCUUACUUUGUGGACCACAUGCCUUCUGCGAACCUGAAAAUCACGCAGCCUGGUGCAGGUGCACAGUAGGUUACACUGAAAACGCCAACGGAGAAUGCGUUUCUGAAUGCGAGGACGUGGUUUGCGCAUCCGGAGCCCAAUGCAUCGUCACGAACUCAGGACCGACGUGCAAAUGUCUGGAGGGCUUCAUGGGUAAUCCUUUCCCUGGAGGAGAGUGUACAACAGAUGUGUGUUCCACUAAAGUGCCGUGCGCAGAACCCAAGAUCUGUAUUAGUGGAAGAUGCAAGCAAAGAUGUGAAGGCAUCAUUUGCGGUCUUGGAGCCCACUGCGACAAGAACUCCAACAAAUGCGUUUGCGAUCAAUUCUUUGUCGGAAACCCCGAUUUACUCUGCAUGCCACCAAUCACUGGUCCUUCCUGCGAGCCCGGCUGCGGUAAAAAUGCUCACUGCGAAUACGGAUUGUCCAACAAAUGCGUCUGCAACUCAGGAACUAUUGGUAAUCCAUACGAAGCAUGCGAAGAAGUCGGAAAGAAAACGUGUGAGCCCAAUUCCUGCGGCACCAACGCUGAAUGCAGAGACAGCUACAAUGGAAUCGAAUGCUACUGUAGACAGGGCUUUACUGGAAACGCCUACAUUAGCUGUGAUGAUAUCAACGAAUGUGGUUCGGACGUUUGUGGAUCUAGUGCUGUUUGUAUAAACACAAUUGGAAGUUACGACUGCAGAUGCAAGGAAGGCUACGCAGGAAAUCCGUUUAUUAUGUGCGCUCAAGUUCAUGUCGGAAUUUGCAAAGACGCUGAAAAUUGCUUGUGUAAUGAUGAAGUUAUCUGUCCGGGCGGAUAUUCCUGUACGAAUGGCAAAUGUGUUAAUGCUUGUGAGAACAUUAGGUGUGGGCCGAAAGCUACUUGCGACAAUGGACAAUGCUUGUGUCCUGCAGGAUAUGUAGGUAAUCCAAAAGACCUGGUGGUAGGAUGUAAAGUACAAGGACAAUGUCACAGCGACAAUGACUGUUACGACUCAGAAAUUUGUUUCCAACUGGGCAAAGGUCUCAGAAAGUGUGUGGACGCCUGCAGUAAAGUGCAAUGCGGACCAAACGCUCUAUGUGUAGCAGAAAAUCACAGAUCCACCUGCAUUUGCGCUCCAGACUACAUCGGCAAUCCUGGAGAUUUGAGUUUAGGUUGUCAAUUAGAAGAAACAAAGAACAUACCAGGAUGCAAAAGUGACGAUGAAUGCGAAUUCGGUACCAUUUGCUCAGUUGAUAUUCAUGGCCAGCAAAAAUGUAUCAGUCCAUGUGAAACAGUUGCAUGUGGUUCCAAUGAAGUUUGCGAAUUGGAUAUUGGAGGCCAUCCAACCUGCGCCUGCAAGAGAGAGUACAUUUGGAAUCCUGUAACGUCUGCAUGCGAAAAACCAACAACUCCAGAUUGUAAAAUUGACUCUGAUUGUCAGCCAAUCGAAGCAUGCCAACCGGACGCUUUGGGCGUUUUGAAAUGUGUCGCUGUAUGUUCCCACUUCACAUGUCCCAACAACGCAGCGUGCAUCGCUGAAAACCAUAAAGGCAAAUGUCAAUGUUUGGCUGGCUUCACCGGAAAUCCCAACGACAGAAACGGUUGCAAACCUAUCGUCCAGAACCAAUGUACUUCAGACGCUCAAUGUAAAGAACACGAAACUUGCAGAACACGUGAACACGGAGUCUCAGCCUGUGUUUCGGCUUGUGAACAAAUCACCUGCGGACCAAAUGCCGUGUGCGUCGUUAAUAAUCACGCAGCGCAAUGUCAAUGUCCCCCUGGCUCCUUCGUUGGAGAUCCCCAUGAUCCAACUGUUGGAUGUAGAGACGUGCCUUGUGUCUACAACAUCGACUGUCCAGAUUCUCAGCUCUGCAACAGAUUGACCCACACUUGCUACGACGUCUGUGAUGAAGAAUCCUGCGGAACAAACGCGGUGUGCAUUGCCAAAAAUCACAAAGCGAGUUGCCAGUGUCCUCCUGGCUUCGCACCAAAUCCAAUCCCUGAUGUAGAAUGUAUACAACUAGAUGGUUGCAGUCCAAAUCCAUGCCAUCCUUCUGCUCUGUGUGAAAGUACCCCAAGCGGUCACACUUGUAGAUGUCCACCCGAGACUGUAGGAGAUCCAAUAACUUCAGGCUGCAGACCUAAAGGAAAUUGCCCCAGAGGCGACAUCGACUGCCCAGAUCAAUCUGUAUGUCUCCAAGACAAAUGCGUAAAUCCAUGUGACCAUAAAUCCUGCGGCAACAACGCUGUUUGCACGGUUGAAAACCGUAAAGCUGUUUGCACCUGCCCCUUAAGAUAUGUCCCAUCUCCCAACGGCUGUGUGCGAAUGACGGUCUCCUGUUCAUCCGACAAAGAUUGUGGAAACGAAGUCUGCUACGGUGGACAAUGCAGAGCUGCUUGCAGAGACAACAACGACUGUUCAAGCGGAGAACGCUGUUUGCAAAAUAAAUGUAUGACGCCCUGCAGUGAUCACAGUCAAUGCAGAGACGACCAAGCCUGUGUUAAUAGCACCUGUGUCAUCGGAUGCCGAAGUAACAAAUUCUGUCCAUCGGAAUACGCAUGUGUUAACAACAUUUGUCAAGAUCCUUGCAAACUAGAAGGCUUCUGUGGACCCAAUGCAAUUUGUUCGUGUGCACAUCACAAAGUCGAGUGUAAAUGUCCAAACGGAUUCCAAGGAACGCCCACUGCUGAAGAGGGAUGUAUUAGGAUUCCCAGCUCUUGUUUGGGUCCCCAUGAAUGUCUACCUGGCUAUGACUGUAUUGGCAACAUCUGUACUCUGCCAUGUAAGGAUAACACCGUUUGUGCACAAGGUGAACGUUGCUCUGAAAAUACUUGCGUGAAAGUCUGUUAUGGAGACAGUAAUUGCCUAACUGGAGAAGUUUGCCAACAAGGAGUAUGUAGGCCAGGCUGCCAGAUUGAUACAGACUGUAGAACAUCGGAAGUUUGCCAUGAAGGACAAUGUAAAUGUGCCCUUGGAUAUAUUGGCACACCUACCGGUUGUGUUGAUAUCAACGAAUGUGAAGAUAGUCCUUGCCAUCAUUCCGCAGCUUGUAUAAAUCAACCUGGCUCAUUCACAUGUGCAUGUCCGGAAGGCAGGGUUGGAGAUCCAUUCGUUGAUGGUUGUAGAUUGCCCGGACAAUGCAGAAGCGACAAAAACUGUGCCGAUAACCUCAUUUGCAAAAUUGGAAAGUGUCAAAACCCAUGCGAGGAAACCAGAUGUGGAAACCUGGCAAUUUGCAAUGUAACAAAUCACAAGCUAACUUGCACCUGUCCACCAGGUCAUUUAGGAGACCCUCACGAUAAACGAGUCGGUUGCUUCAAAGUAGAAUGUUUAGAAGAUGAAGAGUGUCCCUCCAACAGAUUCUGUGACACCAGAUCUAACAAGUGUCUAAAUCCAUGUGAUGUCAUAAAUUGUGGAAAGGGUAGUUGCUCCGCUCACAACCAUCAAGCCCGCUGCGAAUGUUUCCAGGGCUACACCCUGAUCAAUGGCAAAUGUAUUGACAUCGAUGAAUGUGCCUUGAACAAUCCUUGUCACCUUUCCGCCAAAUGUAUAAAUACAGAUGGUGAUUUUACUUGCGUUUGCCCUGAAGGAUACGUCGGUGAUCCAGUGGGAACAGGUUGUCGUAAACCUGGCGACUGCUUUACUGAUAGUGACUGCCCAUCUUCCGCCGCCUGCGAGAACAACAGAUGCAGGAAUCCUUGCGAACAUCCUAAAGCUUGUGGCAAAAACGCUGAAUGUGUGCCAAUCGCCCAUGAAGCCACUUGUAAAUGUCCAGCGCGCACCAGAGAAGACUCAAAUAGAAAUUGUAUAGCCAUUGAAUGUGUUGACAACAACGACUGUUCUCAGCAAAAGACGUGCAUCGACAACACCUGCGUCAAUCCAUGUGAGUUGUCGAAUGUGUGCGGACAAAAAGCUGAUUGUAAGGCGGUAAAUCAUGUUGGAGUUUGCACAUGCCAACCAGGAACCACUGGAGACCCACAUCUUGGCUGUGUUCCCGUACAAUACUGUGCUGGUGACAACCAAUGUCCUUCUGGUUCCAAAUGUUACAACGGUCUUUGCACUUCUGCCUGCAAAACUUCCAGAGAAUGUAUUGCUGACCAACUUUGCAUCCAAAGCAUCUGCCAGCCAACUUGCAAAUCCAACUCGUCAUGUCCAGACUUCCAGUUCUGUCAAAACAACAUUUGCACCCAAGAAGUGCGAUGUAGAGAAAAUACAGACUGUGAUUACACAGAAAAAUGUCUUCCCAACACCGUCGGACGCAAUGAAUGUGUGGACGCUUGUGAAGGAAUUCUUUGCGGCAGAAACGCCGAGUGUUCCUCCAAAAACCACAAAGCUUCUUGUACAUGCAAACCAGGAUUCAAAGGAAAUCCAAAUGACGAUAAACUUGGCUGUCAAAAGGUGGAAUGCGAAACUAGUGACCAAUGUUCCAACGACAAACUCUGCGACCAGUACAUGUGCAAGAUCGCUUGUCUAGUGAACAAUCCUUGCGGAAGGAACGCCUUGUGUUCUGCAGAGAAACAUAAGCAAGUGUGCUACUGCCAACCUGGCUACACCGGAAAUCCACACAAAGGCUGUCAAUUAAUCGAUUUCUGUGCUGAUGCUCCUUGUGGACCUGGGGCCACCUGUCACAACUCAAGGGGAUCCUUUAAAUGUCAAUGUCCUCAUGGCACUGUUGGCGAUCCUUAUAACGAUGGAUGCAGAGCACCAGUCGAAUGUAUCACUAACAGCGACUGUCCAAUUGUAGCGGAAUGUGACAAGACUAAUGGUGUUCAUAAAUGUAAAGACGUCUGUGAAAAUACGUUAUGUGGAUCCAAUGCUGAAUGCAUAGCUGUGGAACACGUUGGUCAUUGUAGCUGCAGAAAUGGCUACGAAGGCAAUCCUAAUGAUAUCCAACUUGGAUGCAGACCCAAACUAGUCAAUUGUCACACCACCUCAGAUUGUCCAUCUAACACCUAUUGCUAUGGUGACAUUUGUAGUCCACCUUGCCAAGCCGAUAACGAAUGUAAUCCAUCAGAAAAAUGUCUGCAAGGGCAGUGCUUGAAUCCUUGUGAAUUAAGACAAGCUUGUGGUAUGAAUGCCGAAUGUUCUGUAAACAACCACGUUAAAGAAUGUAGGUGUCCUGAUGGAUUUACUGGCGAUCACAAUACCGAGUGCAUUAGAGUACCAGUGGCUUGCUCCUCAAACAAAGAUUGCUCACCGAACUUCAUCUGCAAAGACCACAUCUGUCAUCCACCAUGCCAAGCUGAUACAGACUGUGCCUUCAACGAGAAAUGCCUGAAAGGACAAUGUCAACUGACCUGUCGUGUCGAUAAUGAUUGUUUCUUGAGCCACAUUUGUGUUCGGAACAUGUGCAUUUUCGGCUGUCACAGCGACGACGACUGCAGCAACAGUGAGUCUUGCAGAAACAACAAAUGCUUGAAUCCUUGUCUGGAGAACCCUUGUGGACCAAACGCUCUUUGCACCGUUUCCAACCACAGAGCCACUUGCUCGUGCGGUCCUGGUUUCGUACCGAAUCCUUCUGCUAAGAUUGCAUGCGUCAGAGCACCACCACAACCUUGUUCGCAAAACAGAGACUGUCCAAGAGGCAAUGUUUGUAAAGAAGAUGCUUGUAGAACUGUAUGCUCAUCUGACAGCGGUUGUUUGAACAAUGAAAGAUGCGAUUUGGUUUCUGGUGUUUGUAAACCCUUGUGUAGAAGGGACGACGACUGUGGCAACGAAGAGAUUUGCGAAGGAUUAGUCUGUGUUGUCGGAUGUAGAAGCAACAGUGGAUGUCAAGAAACUCAAAGCUGCCUGAACAAUAAAUGCGUAAACAUUUGCGCGUCGCCAACUGCAUGUGGUACCAAUGCAGAAUGUACAGCUGCAGCUCAUAAGAAACUGUGCUCAUGUCCGACACCAUUGGUAGGCAAUCCACUGGAAUCCUGCAGAUAUCCUGUUAAAGUUUGCUACGAGGAUACUGAAUGUGUUGCCGGACAAGUCUGCUAUGCUGGAGUUUGUCAAGGAAUGUGCAGAACUGACAGAAACUGUUUGGAAGAUGAAAAAUGUGUUAGAGGAGUAUGUAGAACCAUUUGCAACUCUGACGCCUCCUGUGGUACCAAUCAAAUCUGUGAGAACAGGCUUUGCGAAAUAGGUUGCAGAAGUGACUCAGUAUGUCCUUUGAAUCAAGCUUGUGUCGACAAUAAAUGCCAAAAUCCAUGUGAAUCGACAACUGUCUGUGGAAUAUGUGCCGAAUGUCAAGUUAAGAAUCACGUAGCUCACUGCAGUUGUCCAGCAAAUUACCUUGGAAAUCCCUUGGUGGCUUGCACUCAAGCAAGCGUUCGUUGCGAUGGCGUUUGUGAAUGUGACGAAGUCGGUUACUGCACAAAAUCAUGCAGCUCCAACAAAGACUGCAGCUGCGGUGAAGUCUGCUCCGCCGGCAAAUGUAGGAACAAAUGUUCGUCUCAAUCUUCUUGCUCGCAAGGACAAAUUUGCACCAGAGGUGCUUGCUUACCAGGCUGUAGAUCCAAUAACGAUUGUCCCAAUUCCGAAGUCUGUAAGAACAAGAAAUGCCAAAAUCCCUGCGCUCAACCGAACGCAUGUGGAGAAAACGCCCUCUGUCGUGCCAACGACCACAGAAAGGUUUGCCUGUGUCCUGACGGAUAUCAAGGCGACCCAACAACUGCGUGUACUCCAUACGAAUGCAGAGUUGACGACGAAUGCGAGGCAAAUAAAAAAUGCAGCUCGGACGGUUCCUGCAGAAAUCCUUGCUUAGAACACGGAGCUUGCGGUGUCAACGCACAGUGCAGGGUUAUCGAACGUAAACCUCACUGCUCCUGUCCUCCUGGCUACGCAGGAAAUGCACUGGUUGAAUGCAAACAAGAAAUUGUAGAGGAAUGUACUAAGAAUCCCUGCGGGGAGAACGCGAUCUGUCGUGACUUGCCUGGCGGCUUCGAAUGUAGCUGCAAUCCGGGCUGUCAAGGAGACGCUUACAGAGGAUGUAUUUGUGGAAAGACGCCUAAUCUGUGCGAAAAUAAAUUGUGCGGCGUUGGGGCCUUAUGCAGGGUUGUCAACGGAAGGGAAGCUCAAUGUUAUUGUCCACCAGAAAAUCCAGUCGGAGAUCCCACAAUUGAAUGUUCAUCGGAGAGAAGUAACACCGAUUGCAGAACAGAGGGAUGUGGUAAGAACGCUGAAUGUAUCCGCGAACAGGCAUUUUUCGUCUGUCGCUGUUUGCCGGGUUACUCUGGCCGUCCUGAAGCUGGUUGCAAGAGGGAAGCCGAAUGUAACAGUGACAUAGACUGUCCCAACGAGAAGGCAUGUAUCAACUUCCAGUGUAUCGAUCCUUGCACGCUAAGAGGCGCGUGCGGCCUCAAUGCCCUCUGUCAGACAGUAAUGCACCGACCGCGGUGUUCGUGUCCGGAAUGUCACGUGGGCAGCGCCAGCACUGCUUGCCAUCCAGAUCCGAAAUGUCUUACCACUCAGCCCAGACCUGCCGUUUCCACUGUUUGUCGAUUCGACUCCGAUUGUUCGGCCUCUCUCGCUUGUAAUGCCGCCUCCGGAGAAUGCUACGAUCCUUGCAAAAAUCCAUUGUUCAAAUGUAGAGGCAAUAAGAAAUGCGAGGUGCACCACCACAGAGCCACGUGCGUGUGCAAGAACGGGUUCGUUGUGAACGAAAGGGGAGAGAUCGCUUGCGCCCCCGAGAAUGCGGAAUGCGCGCGGAACAACGAAUGUCCUUCGAAUAAGGCUUGUAUUGAGGGGCGGUGCCAAAAUCCUUGCACCAGCUCGCCGAAAUCCCCCUGUCCACCUGAAAAGGGCUGCGAUGUCAUGAACCACAAACCCGUUUGCAUUUGUCUUAAGAACUGUAGUCCGUCGUUGUCGAUCUGUCUGAGAGACAACGGAUGUCCAUCGAAUCAAGCUUGUAGAGCGUUCCGAUGCGAAGAUCCAUGUCUGACAGCGGGUUGUCCCGAAAACACGCCCUGUACGGUGGAAGAUCACAAACCGAUUUGCAAGUUUUGUCCCCCAGGAUUUAUACCAGAUGCUAAAUACGGAUGCCUCAAAGCUGAUAUUACGACAAAGGUUAACUGCACCGUGGACGAUGACUGCAACGAAACUCAAUCUUGUAUCGGAGAAAUAUGUACAGAUUUGUGUACCAUAAAAUGUGGUAAAGCAGCUAUUUGUGAAACAGAUAACCAUAGGGCAACUUGUACAUGUCCAUCGGGUUAUGAAGGCAACGCAUCUGUUGAGUGCUUCCCUAAACAUCCUACUACCGAAUCCCUAACCACCAUAAGUCCCACAACCAAAACACGACCUCCGACUGGUACAACUAGAGACCGACAUAUUGACUUACAGACAACUCUUAAAAUAGUUACUCCAACUGAAUCUACUGUAACUGCUGAAACUCAAUACGAAGUAACAACGUCUAAAGUAAAAGAGUCGGAAGAACCAUCAAUAACAAAACUUUCUCAAGUCACUGAGGCGGCAACUCAAAUAAUUCCAAGUAAAGAAACAGGCACAGUUACUCCUUCUGAAUUCACCACUCCCCAACAAAAGUAUACUUUUCCUCAUGAAGGUAGGACAAAAACAACUCUUAUGGAAGGAAUAGAAACAACUCCAUAUACAUAUCUAACAGAGACACUUCCGAGUGAAAAAUUUGAAACAGUUACUCCUUCCACUGUUGAAGAAAAGUACACUUCUCCUUAUGAACACGUAACUGAAACAAUUCUUACUGGAAAACCUGAAACUCAAACACCCUCUGGCUUUACGACUACUAAAACUACUUUUCCUGAGAAAGAAUUAACAUCUCUCUAUCCACAUAUAACAGAAACAACACCAAGUAAGGAAUUUGAAACUGUUACUCCUCCAGAAAUAAUUACAAGUAAAGAAACUGUUACUCCCCCAGAACACAUCACUCCUGAAGAAAAGUACACUUCUCCUUAUGAACAUGUGACUAAAACAACUCUCGGUGAAGAACUUGAAACUCAAACUCCUGGUGUUACUUCCGUUAAAACCACUACCCCUGAGAAAGAAUUGACGUCUCCAUUUCCACAUGUAACAGAAACAAUUCCAAGUAAAGAAUUUGAAACAGCUACUCCUCCUGAAUUUACCACUCCUGAAACUAAAACACCUCCUGGUUUUACUACCGUUAAAACUACUAUUCUUGAAAAAGAAUUGACGACUCCAUAUCCACAUGUAACAGAAACUAUUCCAAGUAAAGAAUUUGAAACAGUUACUCCCCCAGAACACAUUACUCCUGAAGAAAAGUACACUUCUCCUUAUGAACAUGUAACUAAAACAACACUCGGUGAAGAACUUGAAACUCAAACGCCUUCCGGUUUUACUUCCUUUAAAACCACUAUUCCUGAGAAAGAAUUGACCUCUCCAUAUCCACAUAUAACGGAAACAAUUCCAAGUAAAGAAUUUGAAACUGUCACGCCUCCUGAAUUUACCAGUCUUGAAACUGAAACACCCUCUGGUUUUACUACCGUUAAAACUACUAUUACUGAAAAAGAAUUGACGACUCCAUAUCCACAUGUAACAGAAACAACUCCAAGUAAAGAAUUUGAAACAGUUACUCCCUCAGAACACAUUACUCCUGAAGAAAAGUACACUUCUCCUUAUGAACAUGUAACUAAAACAACUCUCGGUGAAGAAAUUGAAACACAAACACCUUCUGGUUUUACUUCCGUUAAAACCACUAUUCCUGAGAAAGAAUUGACCUCUCCAUAUCCACAUAUAACGGAAACAAUUCCAAGUAAAGAAUUUGAAACUGUCACGCCUCCUGAAUUUACCAGUCUUGAAACUGAAACACCCUCUGGUUUUACUACCGUUAAAACUACUAUUACUGAAAAAGAAUUGACGACUCUGUAUCCACAUGUAACAGAAACAACUCCAAGUAAAGAAUUUGAAACAGUUAUUCCCCCAGAACACAUUACUCCUGAAGAAAAGUACACUUCUCCUUAUGAACAUGUAACUAAAACAACUAUCGGUGAAGAAAUUGAAACACAAACACCUUCUGGUUUUACUUCCGUUAAAACCACUAUUCCUGAGAAAAAAUUGACGUCUCCAUAUCCACAUGUAACAGAAACAAUUCCAAGUAGAGAAUUUGAAACUGCCACGCCUCCUGAAAUUACCACUCCUGAAACUAAAACACCCUCUGGUUUUACUACCGUUAAAACUACUAUUCCUGAAAAAGAAUUGACGACUCCAUAUCCACAUGUAACAGAAACAACACCAAGUAAAGAAUUUGAAACAGUUACUCCCCCAGAACACAUUACUCCUGAAGAAAAGUACACUUCUCCUUAUGAACAUGUAACUAAAACAACACUCGGUGAAGAACUUGAAACUCAAACGCCUUCCGGUUUUACUUCCUUUAAAACCACUAUUCCUGAGAAAGAAUUGACCUCUCCAUAUCCACAUAUAACGGAAACAAUUCCAAGUAAAGAAUCUGAAACUGUCACGCCUCCUGAAUUUACCAGUCUUGAAACUGAAACACCCUCUGGUUUUACUACCGUUAAAACUACCAUUACUGAAAAAGAAUUGACGUCUCCAUAUCCACAUGUAACAGAAACAACUCCAAGUAAAGAAUUUGAAACAGUUACUCCGCCAGAACACAUUACUCCUUAUGAACAUGUAACUAAAACAACUGUCGGUGAAGAAAUUGAAACACAAACACCUUCUGGUUUUACUUCCGUUAAAACCACUAUUCCUGAGAAAGAAUUGACGUCUCCAUAUCCACAUGUAACAGAAACAAUUCCAAGUAAAGAAUUUGAAACUGCCACGCCUCCUGAAAUUACCACUCCUGAAACUAAAACACCUUCUGGUUUUACUACCGUUAAAACUACUAUUCCUGAAAAAGAAUUGACGACUCCAUAUCCAUAUCUAACAGAAACAAUUCCAAGUAAAGAAUUUGAAACAGUUACUCCUCCAGAACACAUUACUCCUGAAGAAAAGUACACUUCUCCUUAUGAACGUGUAACUAAAACAACUAUCGGUGAAGAAAUUGAAACACAAACACCUUCUGGUUUUACUUCCGUUAAAACCACUAUUCCUGAGAAAGAAUUGACGUCUCCAUAUCCACAUGUAACAGAAACAAUUCCAAGUAAAGAAUUUGAAACUGCCACGCCUCCUGAAAUUACCACUCCUGAAACUAAAUCACCCUCUGGUUUUACUACCGUUAAAACUACUAUUCCUGAAAAAGAAUUGACGACUCCAUAUCCACAUGUAACAGAAACAAUUCCAAGUAAAGAAUUUGAAACAGUUACUCCUCCAGAACACAUUACUCCUGAAGAAAAGUACACUUCUCCUUAUGAACAUGUAACUAAAACAACUCUCGGUGAAGAACUUGAAACUCAAACUAUUUCUGGUUUUACAUCCGUUAAAACUACUAUUCCUGAGAAAGAAUUGACGACUCCAUAUCCACAUAUAACGGAAACAAUUCCAAGUAAAGAAUUUGAAACUGUCACGCCUCCUGAAUUUACCAGUCUUGGAACUGAAACACCCUCUGGUUUUACUACCGUUAAAACUAGUAUUCCUGAAAAAGAAUUGACGACUCCAUAUCCACAUAUAACAGAAACAACUCCAGGUAAAGAAUUUGAAACAGCUACUCCUCUUGAAUUUACCACUCCUGAAGAAAAAUACACCUCUCCUUAUGAACAUAUAACUAAAACAACUCUCGGUGAAGAAAUUGAAACACAAACGCCUUCUGGUUUUACUUCCGUUAAAACCACUAUUCCUGAGAAAAAAUUGACGUCUCCAUAUCCACAUGUAACAGAAACAAUUCCAAGUAAAGAAUUUGAAACUGCCACGCCUCCUGAAAUUACCACUCCUGAAGCUAAAACACCCUCUGGUUUUACUACCGUUAAAACUACUAUUCCUGAGAAAGAAUUGACGACUCCAUAUCCACAUAUAACGGAAACAAUUCCAAGUAAAGAAUUUAAAACUGUCACGCCUCCUGAAUUUACCAGUCUUGAAACUGAAACACCCUCUGGUUUUACUACCGUUAAAACUACUAUUACUGAAAAAGAAUUGACGACUCUGUAUCCACAUGUAACAGAAACAACUCCAAGUAAAGAAUUUGAAACAGUUAUUCCCCCAGAACACAUUACUCCUGAAGAAAAGUACACUUCUCCUUAUGAACAUGUAACUAAAACAACUCUCGGUGAAGAAAUUGAAACACAAACACCUUCUGGUUUUACUUCCGUUAAAACCACUAUUCCUGAGAAAGAAUUGACCUCUCCAUAUCCACAUAUAACGGAAACAAUUCCAAGUAAAGAAUUUGAAACUGUCACGCCUCCUGAAUUUACCAGUCUUGAAACUGAAACACCCUCUGGUUUUACUACCGUUAAAACUACUAUUACUGAAAAAGAAUUGACGAUUCUAUAUCCACAUGUAACAGAAACAACUCCAAGUAAAGAAUUUGAAACAGUUACUCCCCCACAACACAUUACUCCUGAAGAAGAGUACACUUCUCCUUAUGAACAUGUAACUAAAACAACACUCGGUGAAGAACUUGAAACUCAAACGCCUUCCGGUUUUACUUCCUUUAAAAUCACUAUUCCUGAGAAAGAAUUGACUUCUCCAUAUCCACAUAUAACGGAAACAAUUCCAAGUAAAGAAUUUGAAACUGUCACGCCUCCUGAAUUUACCACUCUUGAAACUAAAACACCCUCUGGUUUUACUACCGUUAAAACUACUAUUACUGAAAAAGAAUUGACGACUCCAUAUCCACAUGUAACAGAAACAAUUCCAAGUAAAGAAUUUGAAACUGUCACGCCUCCUGAAUUUACCACUCUUGAAACUAAAACACCCUCUGGUUUUACUACCGGUAAAACUACUAUUACUGAAAAAGAAUUGACGUCUCCAUAUCCACAUGUAACAGAAACAAUUCCAAGUAAAGAAUUUGAAACUGCCAGGCCUCCUGAAAUUAUCACUCCUGAAACUAAAACACCCUCUGGUUUUACUACCGUUAAAACUACUACUCUUGAGAAAGAAUUGACGACUCCAUAUCCACAUAUAACAAAAACAACUCCAAGUAAAGAAUUUGAAACAGUUACUCCUCCUGAAUUUACCACUCCUAAAGAAAAAUACACCUCUCCUUAUGAAGAAUUCACCACUCCAUAUCCACAUGUAACAGAAACAACUCCAAGUAAAGAAUUUGAAACAGAAACAAUUCCAAGUAAAGCAAUUGAAACUGUAACGCCUCUAGAACACACAACUCCUGGUGUUACUUCCGUUAAAACCACUAUUCCUGAGAAAGAAUUGACUUCUCCAUAUCCACAUGUAACAGAAACAAUUCCAAGUAAAGAAUUUGAAACUGUUACGCCCCCAGAACACAUUACUCCUGAAGAAGAGUACACUUCUCCUUAUGAACAUGUGACUAAAACAACACUCGGUGAAGAACUUGAAACUCAAACACCCUCUGGUUUUACUACCGUUAAAACUACUAUUACUGAAAAAGAAUUGACGACUCCAUAUCCACAUGUAACAGAAACAAUUCCAAGUAAAGAAUUUGAAACUGUCACGCCUCCUGAAUUUACCACUCUUGAAACUAAAACACCCUCUGGUUUUACUACCGUUAAAACUACUAUUACUGAAAAAGAAUUGACGUCUCCAUAUCCACAUGUAACAGAAACAAUUCCAAGUAAAGAAUUUGAAACUGCCACGCCUCCUGAAAUUACCACUCCUGAAACUAAAACACCCUCUGGUUUUACUACCGUUAAAACUACUACUCUUGAGAAAGAAUUGACGACUCCAUAUCCACAUAUAACAAAAACAACUCCAAGUAAAGAAUUUGAAACAGUUACUCCUCCUGAAUUUACCACUCCUAAAGAAAAAUACACCUCUCCUUAUGAAGAAUUCACCACUCCAUAUCCACAUGUAACAGAAACAACUCCAAGUAAAGAAUUUGAAACAGAAACAAUUCCAAGUAAAGCAAUUGAAACUGUAACGCCUCCAGAACACACAACUCCUGGUGUUACUUCCGUUAAAACCACUAUUCCUGAGAAAGAAUUGACUUCUCCAUAUCCACAUGUAACAGAAACAAUUCCAAGUAAAGAAUUUGAAACUGUUACGCCCCCAGAACAUAUAACUCCUGAAGAAAAAUAUACCUCUCCUUAUGAACAUGUAACUAAAACAACUCUCGGUGAAGAACUUAAAACUGAAACACCUUCUGGUUUUACUUCCGUUAAGACUACUAUUUCUGAGAAAGAAUUAACAUCUCCCUAUCCACAAGUAACAGAAACAGUUCCAAGUAAAGAAUUUGAAACAGUUAUUCCUCCUGAAUUCACCACUCUUGAAGAAAAAUACACUUCUCCUUAUGAACAUGUAACUGAAACAACUGUCGGUAAAGAACCUGAAACUAAAACACCCCCUGGUUUUACUUCCGUUAAGACUACUAUUUCUGAGAAAGAAUUAACAUCUCCCUAUCCACAAGUAACAAAAACAAUUCCAAGUAAAGAAUUUGAAACAGUUUCACCUCCCGAGUUGGUCACUCCUGAAGAAAAGUACACUCCUCCUUAUGAACAUGUAACUGAAACAACUCUCGGUGAAGGACUUGAAACUCAAACACCCUCCGGGUUAACAUCAAUUAAAACUACUAUUCCUGAGGAAAAAUUGACGUCUCCAUAUCCACAUAUAACAGAAACAAUUUCAAGUAAAGUAUUUGAAACUGUUACUCCCCCAGAAUACACCACUCCUGAAGAAAAAUUCACCUCUCCUUACGAACAUGUGACUCAAACACCUCCUGGUUUUACCUCCAUCACAACCACCAUUCCUGAGAAAGAAUUUUAUUGCGAUCAUUCCUCAAAUUGUUCAAACACCGAAGCUUGUAUUAACGGAACCUGCACAAAUCCUUGCACAUUUUAUAAUCCCUGUGUUAGCAACAUCAGAUGCGAAGUUAUUGCCCAUGUACCAACUUGUUUGUGUCCGAUUAACCAAACAGUAAAGGAAAUGAUUGGUUGUGAAAUAAUACCAGAUAUCAUAUGCCGAUCGCAUACAGAAUGUACCUCGCAACAAGCUUGCAUUAAUGGAAAAUGCCAAAAUCCAUGUGCUGUCACAAAUCCAUGUACAUCAUCACAAGACUGUCAAGUCCAAAACCAUCAGCCCGUAUGCGUCAAAGUAUGCCAAUGUCAACAGCACUCCGACUGUGGAAACGUUAACUUGGUUUGUGAUGGAUGUAAAUGCGUUGUGCAAGAGGAACCUAGAAUACCAGGUUGCCAACACUGCCCACCAGGUGUGCCUUGUGAUCCAGUAACUGGCGCUUGCCAAAAAGAUAUGGUCACUACACCUGAAUCACUAACAGAAACACAAACUGUGACUUAUACACAAAUAACAAACCAAACUGUAACAGCAACUGCUCCUACAUUAACAUUUAGUGAAGCGACACCCGAAACAACCACACAAGAACCUGUAGCUCCUUUCACUUCCGGAACUGAGGAAAUUACUACCGAACCUAUUCCAACCGGUGGUUUGUUCACUUCGAAACCUAUAACUCAAACAACUCAAAAAUUUUCGGUCACGGAGGUAUUGUAUACAAGCAAACCUUCAGAGGAAACCACUGAGCCAUCAAAAGAAACAACUGUACCCGGACUUGUGACAUCUGUUAAAACGACAACUAAAGAAGCUUUGAUAACUGAAUCUAUGUUUACUACAGAAGGAACUGCAGUGAGUGGAAUAACAGAAGAGAUGGUAAAAGAAACUAAAUUACCAGAGACUGAAACAGUAAAAACUGUUGUCACUGAGGCAACUGAAAAAACAUCGAUUGGAGUAACAUAUCCAAUUGAAACAGUUACACCAUUUGCUCCAGAAAAGACAACAUUGAAAGAGAAGACUGAACAUACUACGAUUGGUACAACAACGAGUUCUGAACGCGUUACCGAAAUUCCGGCAGUAACUGAAACCGAGGGUACUACAAGUGGAACCACCGAAGAAAAGUAUUAUACUGUGCCGGGAGAAACGACUAAAUCUCUUUAUACGUCUCCAAUAAUUCCGGAAAGAACUACUGAAGUCUCAUCAAAACAAACUACUGUGCCAGGUGGUUUGUACACGUCUCCUGGCGGUACAGAAACAACAGCUGAGGGUAUAACCAAGAUACCUUCGCCUACAGUUACACCUGAGACAAAAGAAACUGGUAUUACUGAAGGACAGCCCCUACCUGAAGCAACAACAGAAUUUCCAGAGACUGAAACAGUACCCAGUAUUACUAAAUAUACAACGAAACUACCACUCGUUACCCUUGCACAGAGCACUGAAGUGCCUAAAGAAAAUGUAACUAGAAUCACACAACCAGUUACUACUGAAGUUAUCCCUGAAACCACUUCAGAAAAAGUUUACACAGUUACUGGUGUUACAGCAAAAGAAAAUAUAACAACGCAAGCACCACAUGAGUUUACUAUAACUGCUAAAAUUAGUGAAAUUCCUCACACAACUGAAGGAGUUGUUACUGCUAAGGUAUCAGAAAUUACAACUCAAAUACCAAUAACUGCGAAAGUAAGCGAAUAUACCGAAGUAACUGAAGGGCAACCAACAAUUUCGACGACUGAAAAGUUAUUUGUUGUUACUAGCACAAUUGGAAGGGAAAACAUAACAACACUGAAGGAAGAAGAAGAAAUAACUGGAAGAGUUACUGAAAUUCCAAUGUCGACAGAAGAAAUUAUUACUGCCAAAGUAUCAGAAGUUACACCAAAAGAAAUUACUGCUGCUGUAAGUGAAGUAACAAGUGAAUCUGCUAUAACGGCCAAAGUUAGUGAAGUAACUGGAACAACAUCAGAAAUGCCUGGAGUUGAAGGACUAGCAACUACAAUUCCAGCAUUUUCGGAAGGUAUUAAAACCACAACAGGUUUCGAGAUAAUCACUAUGUUUAAAACGACAGAAGAAGAAUCUACUACAACAUUCCCUGUUACUCACGUUCCCACUAAUAUAACCGAAGGACGAACUAAAUUCACACAACAAACAGAAACUUCAGCAACCGAAUUUAUCACGGAGGCUUUUCCGACACAUCCAUACGAAACUACUUUAAUAGAAGGUGGUAUCAGUUCAUCAACUACGGAGACUGGUAAGAGAUUAACUACGCAAAAGUUUGAAGUUGAAGAAACUACAAAAGUACCAGAAAUGGAAACAACAUUUAAAGAAAUUAUCACUCCUGAAGGUACCACAAUCAGAAUUCCAGUGCAAACAGGUACUAGCAUCGAAGAAGGUACAACAUUGGCAUUAGAAACAACAUUUAAAGAACAUAUUACACCCGAAGGCGCUACGAUGCGGGCGCCUAUUUAUACAGUUACUCCACUUCCAGAAGGUACAACAAAAAGGCCUGAAAUAGAAACUACUUAUAAAGAAAUAUACACCCCCGAAGGCACAACUAUCAGAAUUCCUAUAUCAACAGGUACUAGCCUUGAAGAAACUACAUUAUCGGUUGAAACAACAUUUAAAGAACACGUAACCUCAGAAGGUACCACACAGCGUAUUCCUAUAUAUACAAUAACGCCAGCUUCCGAAGGUACAACGGAGAGACCUAAGGUUGAAGGAACUACAAAAUUACCAGAAAUAGAAACAACAUAUAAAGAAUUAGUCACUCCUGAAGGUACCACAAUCAAAAUUCCGAUACAAACAGUUACAAGCAUCGAAGAAGGUACAACAUUGGCUGUGGAAACGACAUAUAAAGAAUAUAUUACUUCGGAGGGUACUACGAUGCGUGCGCCUAUUUAUACAGUUACACCACUCUCAGAAGGUACAACGAAAAGACCUGAAGUAGAAACUACUUAUAAAGAAAUAUACACUUCUGAAGGCACAACUAUUAGAAUUCCAAUAUCAACGGGUACUAGCGUUGAAGAAACUACAUUAUCGGUUGAAACAACGUUUAAAGAACACAUAACCUCAGAAGGUACCACACAGCGUAUUCCUAUAUACACAAUAACGCCAGCUUCCGAAGGUACAACGGAAAGACCUAAGGUUGAAGGAACUACAAAAGUGCCAGAAAUAGAAACAACAUAUAAAGAAUUAGUCACUCCUGAAGGUACCACAAUCAAAAUUCCGAUACAAACAGGUACCAGCAUCGAAGAAGGUACAACAUUGGCUGUGAAAACCACAUUUAAAGAACAUAUUACACCCGAGGGCACUACAAUGCGAGCGCCUAUUUAUACAGUUACACCACUAUCAGAAGGUACAACAAAAAGGCCUGAAAUAGAAACUACUUAUAAAGAAAUAUACACCCCCGAAGGCACUACCAUUAGAGUUCCAAUAUCAACGGCUACUGGUCCUGAAGAAAGUACAUUAUCGGUUGAAACAUCAUUUAAAGAACACAUAACCUCAGAAGGUACUACACUGCGUGUUCCUAUAUACACAUUAACACCAGCGUCUGAAGGUACAACGGAGAGACCUAAGGUUGAAGGAACUACAAAAGUACCAGGAAUAGAAACAACAUUUAAAGAAUUAGUCACUCCUGAAGGUACCACAAUCAGAAUUCCGAUACAAACAGUUACCAGUAUCGAAGAAGGUACAACAUUAGCUGUGGAAACGACAUAUAAAGAACAUAUUACUUCGGAGGGUACUACAUUGCGAGCGCCUAUUUAUACAGUUACACCACUGUCAGAAGGUACAACAAAAAGGCCUGAAAUAGAAACUACUUAUAAAGAAAUAUACACUUCCGAAGGCACUACCAUUAGAAUUCCAAUAUCAACGGCUACUAGUACUGCAGAAAGUACUUUGUCGGUUGAAACAACAUUUAAAGAACACGUAACCUCAGAAGGUACCACACAGCGUAUUCCAAUAUACACAGUAACGCCAGCUUCCGAAGGUACAACGGAGAGACCUAAGGUUGAAGGAACUACAAAAGUACCAGAAAUAGAAACAACAUUUAAGGAAUUAGUCACUCCUGAAGGCACCACAAUCAGAAUUCCGAUACAAACAGGUACCAGUAUCGAAGAAGGUACAACAUUGGCUGUGAAAACGACAUACAAAGAACAUAUUACUUCGGAGGGUACUACGAUGCGAGCGCCUAUUUAUACAGUUACUCCACUUCCAGAAGGUACUACAAAAAGGCCUGAAAUAGAAACUACUUAUAAAGAAAUAUACACCCCCGAAGGCACUACCAUUAGAAUUCCAAUAUCAACGGCUACUAGUACUGCAGAAAGUACUUUAUCGGUUGAAACAACAUUUAAAGAACACGUAACCUCAGAAGGUACCACACAGCGUAUUCCAAUAUACACAGUAACGCCAGCUUCCGAAGGUACAACGGAGAGACCUAAGGUUGAAGGAACUACAAAAGUACCAGAAAUAGAAACAACAUUUAAGGAAUUAGUCACUCCUGAAGGUACCACAAUCAGAAUUCCGAUACAAACAGGUACCAGCAUCGAAGAAGGUACAACAUUGGCUGUGGAAACUACAUUUAAAGAACAUAUUACACCCGAGGGCACUACAAUGCGAACGCCUAUUUAUACAGUUACUCCACUUCCAGAAGGUACUACAAAAAGGCCUGAAAUAGAAACUACUUAUAAAGAAAUAUACACUUCCGAAGGCACUACCAUUAGAAUUCCAAUAUCAACGGCUACUAGUACUGCAGAAAGUACUUUAUCGGUUGAAACAACAUUUAAAGAACACGUAACCUCAGAAGGUACCACACAGCGUAUUCCAAUAUACACAGUAACGCCAGCUUCCGAAGGUACAACGGAGAGACCUAAGGUUGAAGGAACUACAAAAGUACCAGAAAUAGAAACAACAUUUAAGGAAUUAGUCACUCCUGAAGGCACCACAAUCAGAAUUCCGAUACAAACAGGUACCAGUAUCGAAGAAGGUACAACAUUGGCUGUGAAAACGACAUACAAAGAACAUAUUACUUCGGAGGGUACUACGAUGCGAGCGCCUAUUUAUACAGUUACUCCACUUCCAGAAGGUACUACAAAAAGGCCUGAAAUAGAAACUACUUAUAAAGAAAUAUACACCCCCGAAGGCACUACCAUUAGAAUUCCGAUAUCAACGGCUACUAGUACUGCAGAAAGUACUUUAUCGGUUGAAACAACAUUUAAAGAACACGUAACCUCAGAAGGUACCACACAGCGUAUUCCAAUAUACACAGUAACGCCAGCUUCCGAAGGUACAACGGAGAGACCUAAGGUUGAAGGAACUACAAAAGUACCAGAAAUAGAAACAACAUUUAAGGAAUUAGUCACUCCUGAAGGUACCACAAUCAGAAUUCCGAUACAAACAGGUACCAGCAUCGAAGAAGGUACAACAUUGGCUGUGGAAACUACAUUUAAAGAACAUAUUACACCCGAGGGCACUACAAUGCGAACGCCUAUUUAUACAGUUACUCCACUUCCAGAAGGUACUACAAAAAGGCCUGAAAUAGAAACUACUUAUAAAGAAAUAUACACUUCCGAAGGCACUACCAUUAGAAUUCCAAUAUCAACGGCUACUAGUACUGCAGAAAGUACUUUAUCGGUUGAAACAACAUUUAAAGAACACGUAACCUCAGAAGGUACCACACAGCGUAUUCCAAUAUACACAGUAACGCCAGCUUCCGAAGGUACAACGGAGAGACCUAAGGUUGAGGGAACUACAAAAGUAUCAGAAAUAGAAACAACAUUUAAGGAAUUAGUCACUCCUGAAGGUACCACAAUCAAAAUUCCGAUACAAACAGUUACAAGCAUCGAAGAAGGUACAACAUUGUCAGUGGAAACAACAUUUAAAGAACAUGUUACACCCGAGGGCACUACAAUGCGAGCGCCUAUUCAUACAGUUACUCCACUCCCCGAAGGUACAACAAAAAGACCUGAAAUAGAAACUACUUAUAGAGAAAUAUACACUCCUGAAGGCACAACUAUCAGAAUUCCAAUAUCAACGGGUACUAGUCUCGAAGAAACUACAUUAUCGGUUGAAACAACAUUUAAAGAACACGUAACUUCAGAAGGUACCACACAGCGUGUUCCUAUAUACACUAUAACACCAGCUUCCGAAGGUACAACGGAAAGACCUAAGGUUGAAGGAACUACAAAAGUACCAGAAAUAGAAACAACAUUUAAAGAAUUAGUCACUCCUGAAGGUACCACAAUUAGAAUUCCGAUACAAACAGUUACAAGCAUCGAAGAAGGUACAACAUUGUCAGUGGAAACAACAUUUAAAGAACAUGUUACACCCGAGGGCACUACAAUGCGAGCGCCUAUUUAUACAGUUACUCCACUUCCCGAAGGUACAACAAAAAGACCUGAAAUAGAAACUACUUAUAAAGAAAUAUACACUUCUGAAGGCACAACUAUCAGAAUUCCAAUAUCAACGGGUACAAGCCUUGAAGAAACUACAUUAUCGGUUGAAACAACAUUUAAAGAACACGUAACUUCAGAAGGUACCACACAGCGUGUUCCUAUAUACACAAUAACACCAGCUUCCGAAGGUACAACGGAAAGACCUAAGGUUGAAGGAACUACAAAAGUACCAGAAAUAGAAACAACAUUUAAGGAAUUAGUCACUCCUGAAGGUACCACAAUCAAAAUUCCGAUACAAACAGUUACAAGCAUCGAAGAAGGUACAACAUUGUCAGUGGAAACCACAUUUAAAGAACAUAUUACACCUGAGGGCACUACAAUUCGUGCGCCUAUUUAUACAGUUACUCCACUUCCAGAAGGUACAACAAAAAGGCCUGAAAUAGAAACUACUUAUAAAGAAAUAUACACCCCCGAAGGCACCACCAUUAGAAUUCCAAUAUCGACGGCUACUAGUACUGCAGAAAGUACUUUAUCGGUUGAAACAACAUUUAAAGAACACGUAACCUCAGAAGGUACCACACAGCGUAUUCCAAUAUACACAGUAACGCCAGCUUCCGAAGGUACAACGGAAAGACCUAAGGUUGAAGGAACUACAAAAGUACCAGAAAUAGAAACAACAUUUAAGGAAUUAGUCACUCCUGAAGGUACCACAAUCAAAAUUCCGAUACAAACAGUUACAAGCAUCGAAGAAAGUACAACAUUGGCUGUGGAAACAACAUUUAAAGAACAUAUUACUUCAGAGGGUACUACUAUGCGAGCGCCUAUUUAUACAGUUACACCACUUCCAGAAGGUACAACAAAAAGACCUGAAAUAGAAACUACUUAUAAAGAAAUAUACACCCCAGAAAUGACAACUAUCAGAAUUCCAAUAUCAACGGGUACUAGUCUCGAAGAAACUACAUUAUCGGUUGAAACAACAUUUAAAGAACACGUAACCUCGGAAGGUACUACACUGCGUGUUCCUAUAUACACAAUAACACCAGUUUCUGAAGGUACAACGGAGGAACUUAAGGUUGUAGGAAUUACAAAAGUACCAGAAGUAGAAACAACAUUUAAGGAAAUAAUCACUCCUGAAGGUACCACAAUCAGAAUACCGAUACAAACAGGUACGAGCGUCGAAGAAGGUACAACAUUGGCUGUGGAAACAACAUUUAAAGAACAUGUUACACCCGAGGGCACUACAAUGCGAGCGCCUAUUUAUACAGUUACUCCACUUCCAGAAGGUACAACAAAAAGGCCUGAAAUAGAAACUACCUAUAAAGAAUUAUACACCCCCGAAGGCACAACUAUCAGAAUUCCAAUAUCAACGGGUACUAGUCUCGAAGAAAGUACAUUAUCGGUGGAAACAACAUUUAAAGAACAUAUAACCUCAGAAGGUACCACACAUCGUAUUCCUAUAUACACAAUAAUGCCUGCUUCCGAAGGUACAACGGAGAGACCUAAGGUUGAAGGAACUACAAUAAUACCAGAAAUAGAAACAACAUUUAAGGAAAUAAUCACUCCUGAAGGUACCACAAUCAGAAUUCCGGUACAAACAGGUACUAGCAUUGAAGAAGGUACAACACUGGCUGUGGAAACAACAUUUAAAGAACAUGUAACCUCAGAAGGUACUACACUGCGUGUGCCUAUAUACACAAUAACACCCGCUUCAGAAGGUACAACGGAAAGACCUGAGGUUGAAGGUAUUACAAAAGUACCAGAAAUUGAAACAACAUUUAAAGAAUUAAUCACUUCUGAAGGUACGACAAUCAGAAUUCCAAUACAAACUGGUACAACCAUUGAAAAAGAAACAACAUUGGCUAUUGAAACAACAUUUAAGGAACAUAUUUCUUCGGAAGGAACUACGAUGCGGGUGCCUAUUUAUACUGUUACUCCAAUUCCGGAAGGUACAACAUUACCCAUUAAAACGACAUCUGAAGAACAUGUAUCUUCAGAAGGCACCACACCGCGCGCAGUUACGUUGACUACCGAAAGUAGUACUUUAGAAACAUACACAAUGACCAUUAUGGAACAUGAGACUACAUUUGUUCCUUUAGAACAAAAAACUUCAGCAGGAAGUACAUCAACAGAAACUACUAAAAUAUUUGAAAAACCAAUGACUGUUAAAACAAUACCUCCUGUUGAAGGUACAACUACUUUGAAAUCAGUGACAUCAACCAAAGAAGGAUUUACUGUCGUUACAGAACAGGUUACAACAAUUGAAACUGAACCAAGACAUAAAUCAACUACACAAGAACCCACAGCAACGGAAAUUGGCAAAACAGUGGAAACUGAAACACCGCAAACAAUUGGAACGACAGAACCUACGAUUUCCAUAUCCCACAUAAAUAUAACUUAUAACACAAAAUGUAAAUAUGACGUGGAUUGUAAGGGUGAGGAAACAUGUAUAGGAGAAAUGUGUAUAAAUGUUUGUUCGAUUGGAGGAUUGUGUGCACCAAACGCAAUUUGUACAGCUUAUAAUCAUACAGGCAACUGUAUGUGUCCACGUCAUCAUUAUGGAGAUCCUCAUAGGAUGUGUUUCCAAGAACCACCUAACGAAAGGGCACCCAAACCGUGUAAAUCCGACAUGGACUGCCUCGAAUCUGAGGCAUGUUACAUGUCACAGUGUCAGGAUCCUUGUGAAUUUACUAACGCCUGUGCAAAUUCAUCUAAAUGCCAAGUUAAAAUGCACAGACCAAUUUGUACUUGUCCAAUGGGCUACGAAGGAAACCCUGCAGUAAAAUGCUCCAAAACGCCCACAAUGAUGUGCACUACCAAUGAAGACUGCCCAAUUACCGAAGCUUGUAUAGAUAGAGCAUGUCAAAGACCUUGCGAUGUUCGAAAUCCAUGUGCCCAACAUGCCGUAUGCAUUAACACAAAUCACGGAAGCGAUUGUAGCUGCGAAGAAGGCUUCCAAGGAAAUGGAUACGUCGGCUGUGUACCAGUCAUUGACUUCAAACCAGUGUGCCAAUACAACGAAGACUGUCCACCAAACAAACUCUGCGACAGAUUGAAUAGAAUCUGCAUCAACCCAUGCUUCGAGGACUCCUGCGGCGAGAACGCCGAAUGCAUCCCCAAGAAUCACGGAAUCGACUGCCGCUGUUUGCCAGGCUACCAGGGCAACCCCUACGUUCUUUGCGACCAAGUUUUAGGAUGCAGAAACGAUGGCGAGUGUCCAUCCAGUGAAGCCUGCAUCAACGGCCGUUGCAGCUCUCCAUGUCAGUGUGGAAUCAACGCCAUUUGCGAAGUUUUGUUCCACAGACCUACUUGCAAAUGUCCUCCUGGAUAUCAAGGACAAGCUGAAAUUGAGUGUCAUCCACCUAGCAAUCCUUGCGAUCCAAAUCCAUGUGGUAUCAACGCACUUUGUGAAUUAGACAACGGCAAUCCGAUUUGUUACUGUCCUAAAGGACUAACUGGAAAUCCUUUCAAGAAUUGCAUUCCUGAAGGAGAUGAAUGUUCGCCCAACCCGUGCGGUCCAAAUUCUGGGUGCAGAGUAGUAGGUGGCAAAGCCAUAUGUUUCUGCCUACCAGAAUAUGAGGGUAAACCACCACAAAUCCCAUGUGACCUACCAGCCAAUCCCUGCAACCCAUCACCUUGCGGCCCCAAUACCCAAUGUGCCAUAUUAUCCAACGGUUUCGCAAAAUGUACUUGCCUGCCAGGUUUCCUGGAAAGUCCCAACACCAUCCGAGGAUGUAUUGAAGCUAAAAAGCCUUGUGACCCAAGUCCAUGCGGUCAAGGAGCUUUAUGUGAUCCACUACGACAACCUGUUUGUUACUGUCCAUCUGGAACUAUCGGAAACCCCUUCAGAAGUUGCCAAGAACCGGCAGUGGUACCCCUAUGUAGUCCUGGACCAUGUGGUAUCAAUGCUGACUGUUAUGUUUCCAACAACCAAGAACAAUGCUACUGUAGAUCCGGCUUCAUUGGCAAUCCAUAUUCUGGCUGCAGAAUCGAACCAUCUAGUCCUUGUGUGCCAAAUCCUUGCGGGCCUGGGGCCCAAUGUGUCAUCACUCCUGAUGGCAACUCUAUGUGUAGAUGCCCUGAUGGUAUGGGAGGUGAUCCAACUGGCCCAGCUGGUUGUCACGGUUACGAAUGUGUGGUGGAUGAUAAUUGUCCGGAUUACCAAGCCUGUAUUGGCUACAGAUGCCGCGAUCCUUGCCCCGGAAGUUGCGGAGUUAACGCUGACUGUAGAGUGGAAAAGCAUCAUCCCGUUUGUACCUGCCAAGCUGGUCUUACCGGAAAUCCUGUUAUCAGAUGUCACGAGGUGCCAACUUAUUUACCUCCACACGAUCCUUGUAUGCCUAACCCUUGCGGUCUCAACACCAUUUGUCAAGUAAUGCACGAUCGAGCUGUGUGCUCAUGUUUACCAGACUUCUUUGGCGAUCCACAAUCCGGAUGUCACCCAGAAUGUGUUCUCAAUUCCGACUGUCCAAUCAACAAAGCCUGUAUUGACAGACACUGCCGCGACCCUUGCACAAUUUCCAAUCUUUGUGGUUUGCACGCACUGUGCCAAGUUAGAGAUCACACUGCCACUUGUGUCUGCCCUGAUGGUUACAUGGGAGAUCCGUUCUUCCAAUGCAUGCUUAAUCCACCGAUCAACAUUCCAAGCUACCCCAACAGAACUCAACCUUGCUUGCCUUCACCAUGUGGAAACAUGGAGUGCAGCCCCUACGGCCCACAAGUAGCCAUCUGUGAUCCUUGUUUAGGACCAGAUGCUCCUUAUAACCCGCAAUGUCGACCUGAAUGUUUAACCAACGCUGACUGUGCUUUUGAUAAGGCUUGUCUUGGAUUUGUUUGUGCCGAUCCAUGUCCAGGUUCCUGUGGUGUAGGAGCUGAAUGCACCGUUGUGACCCACACUCCAGUUUGUAGCUGCCCACAAGGGUUGGUAGGAAAUCCAUUCGAACAUUGUACUGUCCCAUUGAGGCCGGAAGAGAAAAAGGAAACAUGUGAAAGCGUUCAAUGUGGAGCCAAUGCAGAUUGCCGUCAAGAGAAUCAUGCUUUAGCCUGCGUUUGCAGAAAAGGAUUUUUCGGAAAUCCAUGGAUCGCUUGCCGACCUGAAUGUGUUAUCAAUCCGGAUUGUCCCUUGACACAGGCUUGCAUCAACAACAAGUGUGUUGAUCCAUGUGCUGGAGGAUGUGGUGUUGACGCCCAAUGCGAUGUUAUUAACCAUGUCCCUGUUUGUACUUGCCCACCACAAUACAGUGGAGAUCCAUUCGUAUCUUGUUACAAGAUACCAUCAAGACCUCAAGAUAUACCACCACCAGCAAAUCCAUGCGAUCCAUCUCCGUGUGGUCCGUUCAGCAGAUGUUUAGUGUCACAUCACGGUUACGCCACUUGUUCUUGUCUACCAAACUACCAGGGAGCUCCACCGGCUUGUAAACCUGAAUGUAUUGUCAGUUCCGAAUGCCCACAAACCCAAGCCUGCGUCAACCAGAAAUGUAUUGAUCCUUGUCCAGGAACAUGUGGUAUAGAAGCAAUCUGUACAACAAUCAAUCACAACCCGAUUUGUACAUGUCUGCCAGGGCAACAAGGUGAUCCAUUUGUCAGAUGUUUCACACCUCCCGCAGAAGAAAAACCUAAAGUUCCGGAGCCUGUAGAAAAUCCAUGUGUUCCAUCACCUUGCGGACCUAAUUCAAUUUGCCAAGUGAAAGAAAAUCGCCCGGUUUGCUCAUGUGUGGCCAACUACAUAGGAACUCCACCUUACUGCAGACCAGAGUGCACCAUUAAUCCAGAAUGUCCCAAACACCAGGCCUGUUUCAGAGAAAAAUGUGUUGAUCCGUGCGUAGGAAUUUGUGGCGACAACGCCAAGUGUGAUGUCGUCAACCACACUCCUUACUGCAGUUGUCUUAACGGAUAUGAAGGUGACGCAUUUGUCGGAUGCUCGAAGAUUGUAGUAAUCGAAACACCGAAAGACCCAUGCAAUCCAUCACCAUGUGGACCCAACGCUCAAUGUACCGUUAACAACGGAGCCGCAAGAUGUACUUGCAUUCCUCCAUACAUCGGCAAUCCUUACGCCGGAGGUUGCAGACCCGAAUGUUCCAUGAACUCCGACUGUCCCAGUCAUCUGGCUUGCCUCUCCCAACAUUGCAGAGACCCAUGUCAAGGACUGUGUGGAAUUCACGCCGAAUGUAGUGUUGUAAACCACGUACCCGUUUGUACUUGUGCCAGAGGCUUGAUCGGAGAUCCAUUCACUGCAUGCAGAGAAGCACCAAGGCAACCGACGCCACCAACCAACCCUUGCGAACCGUCACCAUGUGGACCUAACAGUGUUUGUCGCGUCCGCAACUCGCAAGCAAUUUGCUCUUGUCAAGUGGGAUAUUUCGGCCAGCCUCCAUCAUGUAGACCGGAAUGUGUCGUCAGUUCCGAAUGUAGCUUGGAUAAAGCUUGUUUGGGCCAAAAAUGUCAAGAUCCAUGUCCAGGAACCUGCGGUAUUGAUGCCAGAUGUCAAGUCAUCAACCAUAAUCCGAUUUGCAGUUGCCCUCCUGACUUUGUUGGAGAUCCAUUUGUACAGUGCAAGCGACCAAUUAAACCUGAACCAGCUCCAAUAACACCGUGUAUUCCAUCUCCUUGCGGUUCCAAUGCUGAAUGUAGAGCUGUUGGCGAACGUGCCGUAUGCUCGUGUCUUCCAGGAAUGUUCGGAGCCCCACCAAACUGCAGACCUGAGUGCGUGAUAGACCAGGAUUGUCCUCUGAAUUUGGCCUGCACCAAUAACAAAUGCAAAGACCCAUGUGCAGGAUCCUGUGGCUUCAACGCUCAAUGUACCGCCGUCAAUCAUCGCCCUAUCUGCAGCUGUUUGUCCGGUUUCGAAGGUGAUCCAUUCUCGGGUUGCAAUCCUAUACCAGUAUUAGAUAUUCCAACGGAUCCUUGUAAUCCUAGCCCUUGUGGGGCGAAUAGUGUUUGUAAUGUGAGAAAUGGUGUGGGUUCUUGUACGUGCGUUAAAGGUUAUUUUGGUGAUCCCUACACCGGAUGCCGACCUGAAUGCGUAACAAGUAACGAUUGUCCAUCAAAUAAAGCAUGUUUGGGUAUGAAAUGUAGAGAUCCUUGCCCUGGUAGCUGUGGACUAAAUGCCGAAUGUCGCGUUUUCAAUCACAACCCCCAGUGCUACUGUAUUUCCGGUUAUACCGGCAACGCGUUAACCAUUUGCAGAGCAAUUGAGCCCACAAUCAUUGAAGAACCAAGACGUAAUCCAUGUAUACCCUCUCCCUGUGGACCGUUCAGCAUUUGUAGAGUACAAAACGAUAGACCUGUGUGCUCAUGCAGCCCUGGUUAUUUCGGCGCACCCCCCAAUUGUAAACCCGAAUGUAUCGUUAAUUCUGAAUGUCCACUGGACAAGUCAUGUUCAAACCAGAAAUGUAUAGACCCAUGUCCGGGAACUUGCGGCUACAACGCCAGAUGUAGAGUAGUUAUCCAUAGUCCAAUUUGUAGUUGCCCUUCGGGUUAUGUUGGGGAUCCUUUCAGCAGAUGCGUAUUGGAAGAGAAACCUUCAGUCAUUGAAGUUCGCAAUCCUUGCGUACCAUCGCCAUGUGGAACUUUCGCUGAAUGUAGGAAUAUAAAUGAUCGUGCUGUAUGUACAUGCUUGGCCAAUUAUUUCGGACAACCGCCCAAUUGUAGACCCGAAUGCGUUGUAAACUCAGAAUGCGCUCUGACUAAAGCCUGUGUAAAUCAAAGAUGCAAAGAUCCUUGCCCAGGAUCAUGUGGAGUAAAUGCAGAAUGUAGAGCUAUAAACCACAGCCCCGUUUGUUAUUGUCUGCCCGGUUACACUGGAGAUCCGUUCUCUGGUUGCCACAAAUUUAUUCCCAAGGAAGAACCUGCAAUGCCUUGUAACCCAUCACCUUGCGGUGCAAACGCACAAUGUCGCGAACAAAACGGCGCCGGUUCUUGCACCUGUCUGCCAGAUUAUUUCGGCGACCCGUAUUCCGGCUGUAGGCCAGAGUGCGUCAUGAAUUCCGAAUGUCCCAGAGAUAAAUCUUGCGUAAACAAUAAAUGUAAAGACCCUUGCCCCGGCACAUGCGGAUUAAAUGCCGACUGUCGUGUAAAUAACCACAUUCCAACUUGCAAUUGUUUGCCUGGAUUCACCGGGGAUGCCCUCAGAUCUUGCCAUCAAAUACCUCCACAACCUACUGUAAUAGAAGAACCGACGAAUCCUUGCGUGCCGUCGCCUUGUGGACCUUACAGUAAUUGUAGAGAAAUAAACGGACAUGCCGUUUGUUCUUGUCAAGCUAAUUAUAUUGGUGCACCACCUACAUGCAGACCAGAAUGUACUGUAAGCACAGACUGUGCUCAGGAUAGAGCCUGUAUAAACCAGAAAUGUAAAGACCCAUGCCCUGGAACUUGUGGAAUUAACGCUAGAUGCAAUGUGAUUAACCACAAUCCAAUCUGUAGUUGUCCACCUGGCUUAGUUGGAGACCCAUUCAUUCGUUGCAUCCAAGAAGAAAAACGACCUGAACCACGUCCAAGUGGAAACCCAUGUGUCCCUUCACCUUGCGGUCCGAACUCGCAGUGUAGAGUGGUCGGUACUCAAGCCGCUUGCUCCUGUCUGCCUAAUUAUAUCGGUCGUUCGCCAAAUUGUCGUCCUGAAUGUACUAUAAAUGCGGAAUGUCCCGGUAAUCUAGCCUGUAUCAACGAAAGAUGUAAAGAUCCUUGUCCCGGUUCAUGCGGUGUCCAAACGACUUGCGCCGUUAUUAAACACUCUCCAAAUUGUCAGUGUGUCCCGGGAUUUACUGGCGAUCCGUUUGCUGGUUGUUCCCCCAUUCCGGUUCAACCGAUUGAAGAAGAACGUAGAAUGCCUUGUAACCCAUCACCUUGUGGCGCAAACGCGGUUUGUAAGGAACUCAACGGAGCAGGCUCUUGUACCUGUCUUCCGGAGUACUUUGGCGAUCCAUACACGAGUUGUAGACCCGAAUGCGUAACCAACACGGAUUGUUCUCGCGAUAAGGCUUGCAUCAAUCAGAAAUGUAAAGAUCCAUGUCCAGGAGCUUGCGGCUUAAAUGCGGAAUGCACAGUACCUAACCACGCUCCACAGUGUUUCUGUCUGCAAGGUUACACUGGGAACCCUACUGUUGCCUGUCACCUACCGCAACCAGUUGUCGUUGAACAACCAAGAACGGAACCAUGCAACCCAUCUCCUUGUGGUCCUAACAGUAACUGUCGUGUUGUUAAUGAUCACGCAGUUUGCUCUUGUCAACUCAAUUAUAUAGGAUCACCUCCAAUGUGCAGACCUGAAUGUAUUAUCAGUGCUGAUUGUUCUUUGGAUAAGGCUUGUAUCAAUCAAAAAUGCCAAGAUCCUUGCCCGGGCACUUGCGGAAUUAACGCCAGGUGUCAAGUUGUGAAUCACAAUCCUAUUUGCAGUUGUUCUGCCGGCUUCACUGGCGAUCCUUUCGUUAGAUGCUUGCAGGAAGAAAAACGUCCUGAGCCUCCAGUCCCAGUAAACCCAUGCGUGCCAUCCCCAUGCGGACCGAAUUCCCAAUGUAGAGUUAUCGGUAACACUCCAGCUUGCUCUUGUUUACCCAACUAUGUGGGUCGUGCGCCAAACUGUAGACCGGAAUGCGUUAUCAAUUCGGAGUGCUCUAGUAACUUGGCAUGUCAAAACGAGAGGUGCGUCGAUCCUUGUCCCGGCUCUUGCGGAGCCAAUGCCGAAUGUAUGGUCAUCAAUCACAGAUCCGUGUGCACUUGCCGAAUCGGAUACACCGGAGAUCCGUUCGCCGGAUGCAACCUCAUACCAAUUGUACAACCGGUUGAAGAAGAACGUAAUCCUUGCAAUCCAUCUCCAUGCGGUGCUAAUGCAAUUUGCAAAGAAUUGAACGGUGCAGGUUCUUGUUCAUGCUUACCUGAAUACUUUGGCGACCCAUACACAGGUUGCAGGCCAGAAUGCGUAACAAACACAGAUUGUCCAAGAGACAAAGCAUGUUUCAACAAUAAAUGUAAAGAUCCUUGUCCAGGAACGUGUGGAAUAAACGCUGAAUGUAGAGUAACAAACCAUGCGCCAUCAUGUACAUGUUUGCCUGGAUAUACUGGCAAUCCUCUUAGCUCUUGCAGACUUCCACCGCCUCCUGUUGAAGAACCGAAAGGCAAUCCUUGUGUACCUUCACCUUGUGGACCCUACAGUCAAUGUAGAGUUGUAAACGAUCAUGCUGUAUGCUCAUGUCAACCAAACUAUAUUGGUCAUCCACCUGCAUGUAAACCCGAAUGUACUGUUAGUUCUGAAUGCCCUCAAAAUAGAGCGUGCAUCAACAACAAGUGUCAGGAUCCUUGCCCUGGCACUUGUGGAAUAAACGCCAGAUGUCAAGUUGUAAACCACAAUCCUAUUUGUAGUUGCCCUCAGAACUAUGUUGGAGAUCCUUUUGUUAGGUGUAUCAUUGAAGAAAGUAAGCUUCCACUUCCCAGUGGAGACCCUUGUGUACCAUCGCCUUGCGGUCCCAACUCUCAAUGUAGAGUGGUUGGAACCCAGGCAGCAUGCUCAUGUUUACCUAAUUACAUUGGCAGAGCUCCAAACUGUAGACCGGAAUGUACUAUAAACGCUGAGUGUCCCGGAAAUCUUGCAUGUCAAAAUGAACGUUGCAUAGAUCCUUGUCCGGGAUCUUGUGGAUCAUUCACCAACUGCGUUGUUAUAAAGCAUGCUCCAAACUGUCAAUGCAUUUCAGGAUAUACCGGUGAUCCAUUCACUGGUUGCUCUAUCAUACCACCCACUCCUGUCACUGAAGAACCUCGAAACCCUUGCAAUCCAUCACCUUGUGGUGCUAACGCCAUUUGUAAAGAAAGAAACGGCGUAGGGUCUUGUGCAUGUGUACCAGAUUACUUUGGAGACCCCUACACUGGAUGUAGACCUGAAUGUGUCACAAACUCAGACUGUGAUAGAAGUAGAGCUUGCGUUAAUAAUAAAUGUGUUGAUCCUUGCCCUGGAACAUGCGGAUUAAAUGCCGAAUGUAGAGUUAUAAAUCAUUCUCCGUCAUGCACUUGUAUUGUCGGAUACACAGGCGACCCUACAAGGGUCUGCAAUAUUAUACAAGCCAUUGAAGAAGAGAGACCCCCACAAAACCCAUGUCAACCUUCACCAUGCGGUCCAUACAGUCAGUGCCGAGAGAUAAAUGGCCACGCUGUAUGUUCUUGCAAUAUAGGAUAUAUUGGUUCCCCACCAAUGUGUAGACCUGAAUGUGUAGUUAGCUCCGAAUGUCCGCAGGACAAAGCAUGUGUAAAUCAAAAAUGCGUUGAUCCUUGUCCUGGCACUUGUGGCGUCUUUGCCCAAUGCAGGGUGGUCAAUCACAACCCAAUAUGUACUUGUCAAUCAGGCUUUACAGGAGAUCCGUUUAUUAAAUGCGCUAGAAUUGAAUUACCACCACCUCCUAAAGAAGUGGGCAACCCUUGUGUACCUUCUCCUUGUGGUCCAAACUCUCAAUGCAGAGUAAUUGGUACACAAGCUGCAUGCUCUUGUCUUCCAAAUUAUGUUGGUCGUGCUCCUAAUUGCCGACCGGAAUGCACGAACGACUCUGAGUGUCCCAAUCAUUUGGCAUGUAAAAAUGAAAAAUGUAGAGACCCUUGUCCUGGCUCAUGUGGAACUAAUGCUCAAUGUACUGUUGUCAACCAUAGCCCUGUGUGCUCAUGCUUCCCUGGCUAUAUUGGUGAUCCAUUUAGUUCUUGUACUUUGCCACCACCACCAUCUACUGAGAGAACACCAACUUCGCCAUGCUUCCCAAGUCCAUGCGGUCCAAAUGCAGAAUGUCGCGAAAGAAACAACGCUGGAGCUUGCAUCUGUCCACCAGGUUACCUGGGUGAUCCUUAUGACAGCAACAGAGGAUGUCAUCGUGAAUGCGAAAUCAACAGUGACUGUGCCUCCGAUCUGGCCUGCACAGCCUACAAAUGUAUUGAUCCUUGUCCAGGCACUUGUGGACAAUUGGCCGAGUGUCGUGUGAACAACCACGUACCUACUUGUACUUGCCCAGCAGGUUACACCGGAGAUCCAUUCUUCCAGUGUAAAGAAAUUCCGCCACCACCACCCAGGCAUGACGAUCCUUGCAAUCCAUCACCUUGUGGACCCAACAGUCAGUGCAGAAAUGUUAAUGGACAAGGAGUGUGCUCGUGUAGACCAACCUACAUUGGUUCCCCGCCAAAUUGCAGACCUGAAUGUGUUGUCAGUUCAGAAUGUUCCCUGGAUAGAGCUUGUAUCAAUCAGAAGUGUGCUGAUCCUUGCCCCAACACCUGUGGGUUGGGAGCUCAGUGUACCACCAAGAACCACAAUCCUAUUUGCGCGUGUCCACCUGGCUUCACUGGUGAUCCAUUCACCAGAUGUUCACCACAACCUGUCGUUGAGGAGCCACCACCAACUGAAAGACCACCACCGUCUUGUUUCCCAUCCCCCUGUGGUCCAAACUCUCAAUGCCAAAUUAUCGGAAGCGUGCCAUCUUGCUCUUGCCUUCCUAAUUUCAUUGGAGCUCCACCAAACUGUAGGCCUGAGUGUGUACUAAGUUCUGAAUGUGCCAGCCACCUUGCCUGUAUAAACCAAAAAUGCAAAGACCCUUGUGUUGGUUCUUGCGGUGCCAAUGCCAAUUGUCAUGUCUUGAACCACUUGCCAAUUUGUACAUGUAUCGAGAAUCACAUUGGAGACCCAUUCACUCAAUGUUCACCAAAACCACCAGUCACUGAAGAACCCAAAACAGACCCAUGCAAUCCGUCACCAUGUGGGCCCAAUGCACAAUGCAACAACGGAAUCUGCACAUGUUUACCAGAAUACUUAGGCAAUCCUUACGAAUCGUGCAGACCAGAAUGUGUCCUCAGUGCAGAAUGCAGCAGAGAUAAAGCCUGUCUCAGAAACAAAUGCAAAGAUCCUUGCCCUGGAACAUGCGGACAAAACGCUCGUUGUGAUGUUAUCAAUCACAUUCCAACUUGCUCUUGUCCUGACGGAUUCACCGGAGAUCCAUUCACACUAUGCAGAGUGGCCGAACCCAAAACACCAGAAAUUCGUGAUCCAUGCAACCCAUCUCCUUGUGGCCCCAACAGUCAGUGCAAAAACAUCAACGACCACGCAGUAUGCUCUUGUUUGCAAGGGUACCAAGGCUCACCACCAUCAUGCAAACCCGAAUGCCUCGUCAGUGCUGAAUGUUCUCAAAACAGAGCUUGCGUCAAUCAGAAGUGUAUCGAUCCUUGCUUAGGAUCUUGUGGAUUGGGGGCGAGAUGCGAGGUUAGAAACCACAGCCCAAUUUGUAGUUGUCCCGAAGGACAAACGGGAGAUCCAUUCCAAAGAUGUACUCCAAUCCCGCCAGAACCUGUUACACCCAGACCUAUCGAAAAUCCAUGCUUGCCUUCGCCUUGUGGACCUAACUCUCUCUGCAGACAAGUAGGAGACACUCCCUCUUGCACUUGUGUCCAAGGUUACAUUGGUAGCCCACCAAAUUGCAGACCAGAAUGCGUCAUCAACCCAGAUUGUCCAAGCGAAAGAGCAUGCAUCAACAACAAAUGUGUUGACCCAUGUCCUGGAAGCUGCGGUGAAAACGCCGAAUGUAGAGUUAUUACACACACCGUAUCUUGUACUUGCGCCCCUGGUUUCACCGGAAAUCCAUUUGUACAAUGUCUUGUACAGAAACAGGAAGUUUUGAACCCAUGUGAACCGUCACCAUGUGGCGCCAACGCCGAGUGCAAACAAAGAAAUGGAGCUGGAGCUUGCUCUUGCAUCCAAGACUACACAGGAAAUCCAUACGAAGGAUGCAGACCAGAAUGCGUACUUAGCUCUGACUGUCCAACUAACAAAGCAUGUAUCAGAAACAAAUGUGCUGACCCUUGCCCAGGAACUUGUGGUGCCAACGCAGAAUGCUCUGUAAUUAAUCACGUACCCAGUUGUAAUUGUAUUCAAGGAUACACAGGAGAUCCGUUUGCGACAUGUUCACCCACACCCCCAAUACAACUGCCCACUGAGCCCACCGUGAUCGAUCCAUGCAGUCCAUCCCCUUGUGGUUUGAAUAGUCAAUGUAGAGAUGUCAAUGGCCAGGCGGUUUGUUCUUGCUUACCCGAAUAUCAAGGAUCCCCACCAAAUUGCAGACCUGAAUGUGUUGUCAGCUCUGAAUGUCCAUCAAACAGAGCUUGUCACAAAUUCAAGUGCGCCAAUCCUUGCGUUGGAACUUGUGGUAUUGGAGCCAGAUGCGAAGUGAUUAAUCACAAUCCAAUUUGCAGUUGUCCUGAAGGACUGACAGGUGAUCCAUUCACCAGAUGUAACGAAUUACCACCACCACCCAAACCAGCUCCAAGACCCAAUACUGAUCCAUGUAUACCGUCGCCAUGUGGGCCUAAUGCACAAUGCAGAGCUGUUGGUGAUCAACCUUCUUGCUCUUGUAACCCUAAUUACAUCGGACAACCACCAAAUUGUAGACCUGAGUGUGUAGUAAACACUGAUUGUCCUUCUACGCAAGCUUGCAUUAGAGAAAAGUGCAGAGAUCCUUGCCCAGGAUCUUGUGGAUUCAACGCAGAAUGUAGAGUGCAAAAUCAUAUUCCUAUUUGUACUUGCAUUGCUGGUUUCACCGGCGAUGCUUUUACUGAAUGCAAGACUAUCCCACCUAAAGUGGCUGACGUACCGACAGACCCAUGCAACCCAUCUCCAUGCGGCCAAAAUGCCCAAUGCAAUAAUGGACAAUGCACUUGCCUACCUUUAUACAGAGGUGACCCAUAUGCAGGUUGUAGACCCGAAUGUACCAUGAAUACCGAUUGCUCCCCCAACAAGGCCUGCAGCAACUUAAGAUGUAUCGAUCCCUGUCCCGGAACUUGUGGUCAAGGCGCAAUUUGCGAUGUAGUCAAUCAUAUCCCGACAUGCAGUUGUCCCCAAGGUUACGAAGGAGAUCCUUUCACCAAUUGCCGACUCGUACCCAAAAUAGAACAACCACCUGUAAAUCCAUGUCAACCAUCGCCAUGUGGACCGAACAGCCAGUGUAGAAUCAAUAACGGAGUGGCUGUAUGCUCCUGCCAGACAGGAUACAUUGGAAGCCCACCAAGUUGCAGACCUGAAUGCGUUGUCAGUGCCGAAUGUCCUUUGACACAAGCCUGUCUGAACAACAAGUGCCGCGAUCCUUGCCCAGGAACCUGCGGCAUCAACGCUCAGUGCCAAGUACUGAACCACAAUCCGAUUUGCAGCUGCACCCAAGGAAACACAGGAGAUCCGUUCACCAGAUGCUACCCACUCCCCAAGGAAGAACCGGUUCCGGUAGAUCCGUGCCGUCCGAGUCCGUGCGGUCCGAAUUCCGUGUGCCAGGUCCGCGGCGAAAGUCCUGCGUGUUCGUGUCUCGAGAAUUACGUUGGCGCACCGCCAAAUUGCCGUCCCGAGUGCACGAUUAAUCCGGAGUGUCCGCAGAAUCUCGCCUGUAUCAAUCAGAAGUGUCGCGAUCCGUGUCCGGGCAGUUGCGGUUCGAACGCGCAGUGUAACGUCGUCAAUCACAGUCCGGUGUGUACGUGCAUACCGGGCUACACCGGUGAUCCGUUCCGAGGAUGUCUGCCAGUACCAGCCCGACUACCCGAACCUGAAAUUGUAAACCCUUGCGUCCCCUCCCCUUGCGGAGCAAACGCUAUUUGUAAGGAAAGAAACGGAGCUGGUGCCUGCAUAUGUUUGCCAGAAUAUAUUGGCAACCCUUAUGAAGGAUGUAGGCCCGAGUGUAUGUUUAACUCAGACUGUCCCUCCAACAAAGCCUGUAUAAGAAACAAAUGUAUGGACCCAUGUCCAGGCACUUGCGGACAAAAUGCUAAUUGCCAAGUGAUCAAUCACUCCCCAUCUUGCACAUGUGCCCCUGGUUACACCGGAGACCCCUUCAGAUACUGCUCUUUGCCUCCACCAGAACCGGUUCGAGAUGUUGCCCCAACAAACCCGUGUCAACCUUCCCCAUGUGGCCCCAACAGUCAAUGUAGAGAAGUUAAUGGGCAAGCCGUUUGCUCAUGCCUACCAACUUAUAUAGGAAGCCCACCCAGCUGCAGACCAGAAUGUGUCGUAAGCUCGGAAUGCCCAACAAACAAAGCCUGUAUCAAUCAGAAAUGCGAGAACCCUUGCGUCGGAACUUGCGGCUUGAACGCCAAAUGUCAAGUUAUAAACCACAGUCCCAUUUGUAGCUGCAACCCUGGACAUACUGGUGAUCCUUUCACCAGAUGUUACCCAAUACCACCACCUCCGCCAGUCCCCGAACCCACUGUCGUACAAAACCCUUGCGUGCCCUCACCUUGCGGACCCAACAGCCAAUGUCGGGACACUAACGGCAGCCCAUCUUGCUCUUGUUUACCUAACUAUGUUGGCACCCCACCAAAUUGUAGGCCUGAGUGCAUCAUCAAUCCAGAAUGUCCAAGCAAUCUGGCUUGUAUCCGCGAAAAAUGUAAAGAUCCUUGCCCAGGUUCAUGCGGAGCUAACGCUCUUUGCACAGUUAUCAACCACAAUUCUAUUUGCACAUGUCCCGAUGGUUACAUUGGUGAUCCGUUCACCAACUGUUACCCUAAACCACCCGAAAUUGAACCUGUAAAGGCCGAGGAUCCAUGCAAUCCAAGUCCGUGCGGUCCAAACGCUCAAUGCAACAACGGAAUUUGCACGUGCCUGCCUGAAUAUCAAGGCGAUCCUUACAGAGGAUGCAGACCAGAAUGUAUUUUAAGCAAUGACUGUCCUAGAGAUAAAGCAUGUAUUAGAAUGAAAUGCGUGGACCCUUGCCCCGGUACUUGCGCUCCAACUGCGGUUUGUCAAGUGAUCAAUCAUAUUCCUAUGUGUAGUUGUCCUGCUGGAUUUACAGGAAACGCUUUUGUUGCCUGUAGAAUUGUAGAAACACCCCCCAAAAUUAAUCCUUGCAGUCCAUCCCCAUGUGGACCAAACAGUCAAUGUAGGGAAAUUAACGGACAAGCUGUGUGCUCUUGUGUACCUGGUUAUAUUGGUAGUCCACCCACUUGUAGACCAGAAUGUGUAACUAGUUCUGAAUGUCCACUUACUGAAGCCUGUGUCAAUCAAAAAUGUGUCAAUCCUUGUUUAGGAACUUGCGGAAUUAACGCCAAAUGUCAAGUUAUAAAUCAUAAUCCUAUUUGCAGUUGCCCAGACAAUUAUAUCGGCGAUCCCUUCACCAGAUGUUUACCCAAACCAAUUGAAGAACCCGUGGUUGUACCUACAAAUCCUUGCCAACCAUCACCAUGCGGACCUAAUUCUCAAUGUAGGGCUGUCGGUGAUUCACCAUCUUGCUCAUGUUUGCCACAGUUUAUUGGAACACCUCCAAACUGUAGACCUGAAUGUAUAAGUAAUAGCGAAUGUCCAACGCACUUAGCUUGCAUCAAUCAAAAAUGUAAAGAUCCUUGUCCGGGAACAUGUGGGCAAAACGCUGAAUGCCGCGUGGUCAGUCACACACCAAACUGUGUCUGCAUUGUUGGAUACGAAGGUGAUCCAUUCACCGGUUGCAGAGUUAUUCAGCCUGUAGUUGAAGACCUUAGAAAUCCUUGUGUACCAAGUCCUUGUGGGGCUAAUGCGGUUUGUAAAGAACGUAAUGGCGCUGGAUCUUGCGUCUGCCUUCCAGAAUAUAUCGGUAAUCCUUACGAAGGAUGUAGACCAGAAUGUGUAUUGAACUCCGAUUGUCCAUCGAACAAGGCUUGUAUUAGAAAUAAAUGCGUUGAUCCUUGUCCAGGAACAUGCGGACAAAACGCACAAUGCCAAGUCAUUAAUCACUUGCCUUCAUGCACUUGCCUACCCGGUUACACUGGAGAUCCAUUCAGAUAUUGCAACUUACCACCCCCAGAACCUGUGAGAGAUGAAACCCCUCAAAACCCUUGCCAACCUUCACCUUGUGGACCAAACAGUCAAUGUAGAGAAGUGAAUGGACAAGCAGUUUGUUCUUGUUUGCCAAAUUAUGUGGGUAGUCCACCAGGUUGUCGCCCUGAAUGUGUCGUCAGUUCUGAAUGUCAACAAGACAAGGCUUGCGUUAAUCAAAAAUGUGUUGAUCCCUGCCCCGGCACUUGUGGGCUAAACGCAAACUGUCAAGUGAUCAAACAUAGUCCAAUUUGUAGUUGUAAGUCUGGUCAUACUGGAGAUCCAUUCACUAGAUGCUAUCCUAUUCCACCACCCCCGCCUGUAAUAGAACCCGUAGUUGCUGUAAAUCCGUGCAUUCCAUCCCCUUGUGGUCCUAAUUCACAAUGUCGUGAAAUUGGAAACUCACCAUCUUGUUCCUGCUUACCAAACUUUAUUGGUUCGCCACCAAACUGCAGACCUGAAUGCACAAUCAAUUCAGAAUGUCCCAGUAACUUGGCGUGCAUCAGAGAAAAAUGUAGAGAUCCAUGUCCAGGUUCUUGUGGAGCUGGCGCCCAAUGCAGCGUUGUUAAUCAUACUCCAAUUUGUACUUGCCCUGAAGGUUACACAGGAGAUCCAUUUAGUUAUUGCCAGCCUAAACCACCACCACCACCAGAACCUGUAGAAACGGACCCUUGCAACCCAAGUCCUUGUGGACCAAACGCUCAAUGCAACAACGGAAUUUGCACUUGUUUGCCGGAAUAUCAAGGAGAUCCUUAUAGAGGUUGCCGACCUGAAUGUGUAUUAAACAAUGACUGUCCAAGAGAUAAGGCAUGUAUUAGAAAUAAAUGUAAGGAUCCUUGCCCUGGCACUUGCGGAACAAAUGCUAUUUGCUCUGUAAUCAACCACAUUCCAAUGUGUUCUUGUAUUGAGAAUUAUGUUGGAAAUGCUUUUGUUAUGUGCAAUCCACCUCCAGUUGAAAUACCUAAAAACCCUUGCAACCCUUCACCGUGUGGUCCUAAUUCACAAUGUAGAGAAUUUAAUGGUCAAGCCGUUUGCUCUUGUGUACCUGGAUACAUUGGUUCACCACCAACUUGUAGACCAGAAUGUGUAACGAGUGCCGAAUGUCCAUUAAACAGAGCUUGUGUAAAUCAAAAAUGUAUUGACCCAUGUCCAGGAACCUGUGGAUUAAAUGCAAACUGCCAAGUGGUAAACCAUAACCCGAUUUGUACAUGUCCACCAGGUCAAACCGGAGAUCCAUUCACUAGAUGUCUGCCAAUAAGAGAAGAACCAGUAGUUGUUCCAACAAACCCCUGUCAACCCUCACCUUGUGGUCCUAAUGCCCAAUGUAGAGAAGUUAAUGGGUCACCAUCUUGUUCUUGUUUACCAGAAUUCAUUGGAUCCCCACCCAACUGUCGUCCAGAAUGCGUCAGUAACAGUGAAUGUGCCAAUCAUUUAGCUUGCAUCAAUCAAAAAUGCAAAGAUCCUUGCCCCGGAACAUGCGGACAAAACGCCGAAUGUCGUGUGGUCAGUCACUCACCUAACUGUGUAUGUCUGCCUGGUUACUUCGGAGAUCCAUUCACUCUCUGUUCGAUCCAAGAAACGCCUGUACCAGUAGAAAAUUUGAAUCCUUGUGUACCGUCACCUUGUGGCAUGAAUGCCGAAUGCAAAGAAAGAAACGGCGCUGGAUCUUGCGUAUGUCUUCCGGAGUAUAUCGGUAAUCCUUACGAAGGAUGUAGGCCCGAAUGUGUAUUAAACUCAGAUUGCCCAUCAAACAAAGCCUGUAUCAGAAAUAAAUGUGUUGACCCUUGCCCAGGAACUUGCGGACAAAACGCACAAUGUCAAGUUAUUAACCAUCUUCCAUCGUGUACUUGUUUACCUGGUUACACUGGUGAUCCAUUCAGAUAUUGCAACCUACCACCCCCAGAACCUGUGAGAGAUGAAACCCCACAAAACCCAUGUCAGCCUUCACCUUGCGGUCCAAAUAGCCAAUGUAGGGAAGUUAAUGGACAAGCAGUUUGCUCUUGUCUACCGAAUUAUGUGGGAAGUCCACCGGGUUGCCGCCCUGAAUGUACUGUGAGCUCUGAGUGUCCACAAAACAAAGCUUGUAUCAACCAAAAAUGCGCUGACCCUUGCCCAGGAACUUGCGGAUUGAAUGCCAAUUGUCAAGUUAUCAAACAUAGUCCGAUUUGCAGUUGCACAUCCGGUUACACUGGAGACCCAUUCACCCGAUGCUAUCCAAUACCACCACCUCUUCCAGAACCGGUUCAGCCAAUUGUUACGAACCCCUGUGUACCAUCUCCGUGCGGUCCUAAUUCACAAUGCAGAGAUAUUAACGGCUCACCAUCUUGCUCUUGUCUACCCAAUUUUGUUGGAAGUCCACCAAAUUGCAGACCAGAAUGUGUAAUCAACUCAGAGUGUCCAAGCAAUUUAGCAUGUAUCAGAGAAAAAUGUAGAGACCCAUGUCCUGGAUCUUGUGGAGCUGGAGCCCAAUGCAGUGUUAUUAAUCAUACGCCAAUUUGUACUUGUCCUGAUGGUUACACUGGAGAUCCGUUCAGUUAUUGCCAACCUAAACCACCACCAUCACCUGAGCCAGUAGAAACUGACCCUUGCAACCCAAGUCCUUGUGGUCCAAACGCCCAGUGCAACAAUGGAAUCUGUACUUGCCUACCGGAAUAUCAAGGUGAUCCUUACAGAGGCUGUAGACCUGAAUGCGUAUUAAACAACGAUUGUCCAAGAGACAAAGCAUGUAUUAGAAAUAAAUGUAAGGACCCUUGCCCUGGAACCUGCGGUCAGAACGCUGAAUGCAGCGUUAUUAACCAUAUUCCCAUGUGUACUUGCUUACAAGGAUAUAUAGGCAAUGCUUUCAUCCAAUGUAAUUUAAUACCAGUUGAAGUUCCCAAGAACCCGUGUAAUCCGUCACCUUGUGGACCAAAUUCACAAUGCAGGGAAAUUAAUGGACAAGCAGUUUGCUCUUGCGUACCAGGCUUUAUUGGCUCACCACCAGCUUGCAGACCUGAAUGCGUCACAAGCCAGGAAUGUUCUUUGAACCAAGCCUGCGUCAACCAGAAAUGUAUUGACCCUUGCCCAGGAACAUGCGGAAUAAACGCAAAAUGUCAAGUAGUAAAUCACAACCCCAUCUGCACAUGUCCUCCAAGAUAUACUGGUGAUCCGUUCAUCAGAUGUACACAGAUUGUGGAAGAACCAGUUGUAGUACCAACAAAUCCAUGCAAUCCUUCACCUUGUGGACCAAAUUCACAGUGCAAGGCUGUGGGAGAUUCUCCUUCAUGUUCUUGCCUGCCUGAGUUCAUUGGUUCUCCACCAAAUUGUAGACCGGAAUGUGUCUCCAACAGUGAAUGUGCAAACCAUCUGGCUUGUAUCAAUCAAAAAUGUAAAGACCCUUGUCCUGGAACGUGCGCCCCGAAUGCCGAUUGUCGCGUUGUCAGUCAUACACCUAAUUGCAUUUGUCCUGCUGACCUUACCGGAGAUCCUUUCACUCAGUGCAUUCCCAAACCAGUGGUUGUUCAAGAACAUUUGUCACCAUGUUCCCCAUCACCUUGUGGAGCUAACGCUCAAUGCAGAGAACAAAAUGGUGCAGGAUCUUGUGUCUGUUUGCCCGAAUACAUCGGUAAUCCUUACGAAGGAUGUAGACCUGAAUGUACUUUGAAUUCCGAUUGUCCUUACAACAAGGCUUGUAUCAGAAACAAAUGUGUCGAUCCUUGUCCUGGAACGUGUGGUCAAAAUGCAGAUUGUCAAGUAAUCAAUCAUCUUCCUUCGUGUACUUGUAGACCUGGAUACACUGGCGAUCCAUUCAGAUAUUGUAACUUACCACCUCCAGAACCUGUUCUUGAAGAAGUACUACAAAACCCUUGUCAGCCUUCCCCCUGCGGACCUAACAGUCAAUGUCGCGAAGUUAACGGACAAGCCGUUUGCUCUUGCUUGCCCAAUUAUAUCGGAAGCCCACCAGGUUGUAGGCCUGAAUGUACCGUAAGCUCGGAAUGUCCUCAGAACAAGGCUUGUGUCAAUCAAAAAUGCGUCGAUCCUUGCCCAGGAACAUGCGGCUUAAACGCCAAAUGCCAAGUCAUUAAUCACAGUCCCAUUUGUAGUUGUAACCCUGGACAUACCGGAGACCCCUUCACUAGAUGCUUCCCAAUACCUCCUCCACCUCCAGUUGUUGUAGAGGAACCAAUUAGAGACCCAUGCAUUCCAUCGCCAUGCGGACCUAACAGUCAAUGUAGAAACAUAAAUGGUUCACCGUCUUGCUCUUGCUUACCUAAUUAUAUGGGCAGCCCACCAAAUUGCAGACCAGAAUGCACUAUCAACUCAGAAUGUCCUAGUAAUUUAGCAUGUAUCAGAGAAAAAUGUAGGGAUCCAUGCCCGGGUUCUUGUGGAGCUGGCGCUCAAUGCAGUGUCAUUAAUCACACUCCUAUUUGUACUUGCCCCGACGGAUACACUGGAGAUCCAUUCACAUAUUGUCAACUCAAACCACAAGAAAUUAAACCUGUUGAAACUGAUCCAUGCAAUCCAAGUCCUUGUGGUCCAAACGCCCAAUGCGACAAUGGAAUCUGUACUUGCCUGCCAGAAUAUCAAGGUGAUCCUUACCGAGGAUGCAGACCUGAAUGUGUAUUAAAUAAUGAUUGUCCAAGAGAUAAGGCUUGCAUUAGGAACAAAUGUGUAGAUCCUUGCCCAGGAACUUGCGGACAGAAUGCUGAAUGUUCUGUGGUUAAUCAUAUUCCUAUGUGCUCGUGCUUACCUGGUUACACAGGAAAUGCCUUUACCAUUUGUAGGAUAAUUGAAAAACCAGUCCCCACAAACCCUUGCAACCCUUCACCAUGCGGACCAAAUUCACAAUGCAGAGAAAUCAAUGGCCAGGCUGUAUGUUCUUGCGUACCAGGUUUCAUAGGUAGUCCACCGACUUGCAGACCUGAAUGUGUAACAAGUGCAGAAUGUCCUUUGAAUGAGGCUUGUCAAAACCAAAAAUGCAUUAAUCCUUGCCCUGGUACUUGUGGAAUAGGAGCUAAUUGCCAAGUGGUCAACCACAAUCCUAUUUGUACUUGCCCACCUAGAUAUACUGGUGAUCCCUUCGUUCGUUGCAUACCAAUGCCUGAAGAACAGCCAAUAGAAGCAGUAGACCCGUGCAAUCCAUCCCCCUGCGGCCCCAACGCACAAUGCAAACCAAUAGGUGAUUCUCCCUCAUGCUCUUGUCUUCCAGAAUUUGUAGGUUCCCCACCAAAUUGCAAACCGGAAUGUAUCAGCAACAGCGAAUGUCCCAAUCACCUUGCUUGUAUCAACCAAAAAUGCAAAGAUCCAUGUCCUGGAACUUGCGGUUUAAAUGCUGAGUGCAGAGUAGUCAGUCACACACCAAACUGUCUUUGCAUCAACGGUUACGUUGGAAAUCCAUUUAGUGCUUGUCAAUUGCCUGAACCAAUUAAACAAGAAGUACUAUCACCAUGUUCACCAUCACCUUGUGGUUCUAACGCGGUUUGCAAAGAACAAAAUGGUGCUGGCUCUUGUACUUGUCUUCCAGAAUAUAUUGGUAAUCCUUAUGAAGGAUGUAGACCAGAGUGUACCAUUAACACAGACUGUCCAAGUAACAAAGCUUGCAUCAACCAGAAAUGUAAAGAUCCUUGCCCCGGAACUUGUGGACCCAACGCUAAUUGUCAAGUGAUUAAUCAUGUACCAUCUUGCACAUGUAUACCAGGUUACACAGGAGAUCCAUUCAGAUAUUGCAAUCCUAUACCAGUACAACAACCUGUCAUCGAAGAAGCUAAAGACCCAUGUAAUCCAUCUCCUUGCGGUCCAAAUAGUCAAUGUCGCGAAGUUAACGGGCAAGCUGUUUGUUCUUGUUUACCGAACUAUAUUGGAAGUCCCCCAGGUUGCAGGCCUGAAUGCGUUGUCAGUUCAGAAUGUCCCUUAACAAAGGCAUGUGUCAAUCAAAAGUGCGUGGAUCCUUGUCCUGGCACUUGCGGUAUUGGUGCCACCUGCCAGGUUAUCAAUCACAGUCCUAUCUGUAGUUGUCAAUCAGGUUAUACAGGAAAUCCGUUUACUCGUUGCUCUCCAAUACCACCACCUCCACCGCAACCUGUUGAAGACGUGUAUGUAAACCCUUGCGUACCGUCUCCAUGUGGACCUAAUUCACAAUGCAGAGAUAUAAAUGGUUCUCCUUCAUGUUCUUGUUUACCAAACUUCGUAGGAAGCCCACCAAAUUGUCGACCGGAAUGUACUAUUAACUCAGAAUGUCCAAGUAAUUUGGCAUGUAUAAGAGAAAAAUGCAGGGAUCCUUGUCCUGGAAGUUGUGGAACAAACGCCCAAUGUAAUGUUGUUAAUCACACUCCAAUUUGUACUUGUUUCGAAGGAUACAUUGGUGAUCCAUUCAGCCACUGUUCUCCUAAACCACCACCACCACCAGAGCCAGUUGAAAGUGACCCUUGCAAUCCAAAUCCUUGCGGAUCAAAUGCCCAAUGUAACAACGGAAUUUGCACGUGUCUACCAGAAUAUCAAGGAGAUCCUUACAGGGGAUGCAGACCUGAAUGCGUACUAAACAAUGAUUGUCCAAGAGAUAAGGCUUGUGUAAGAAAUAAGUGUGUUGAUCCUUGUCCGGGUACUUGUGGCCAAAACGCUAUUUGUCAAGUGUACAACCACAUUCCAAUGUGCUCUUGCCAACCAGGUUACACAGGAAAUGCAUUCGUAUUGUGUCAAGAAAUCAAAGUCCCAAUCGCGCAAAAUCCCUGCCAACCUUCUCCAUGUGGACCAAACUCUCAAUGUAGGGAAAUUAACGGACAAGCUGUUUGCUCUUGCUUGCCAUCUUAUAUCGGCAGUCCACCAACUUGUAGACCGGAAUGUGUAACCAGCUCUGAAUGUCCGUUAACUCAAGCUUGUGUCAACCAAAAAUGCAUAGAUCCAUGCCCAGGAACUUGUGGAUUAUCCGCCAAAUGUCAAGUAAUAAACCAUAACCCUAUUUGCACAUGUCCACCCAGAUUCACAGGCGAUCCGUUCGUCAGAUGCACACCAAUUCCAAUUGAAGAACCCGUAGUUGUUAACCCAUGUGAUCCUUCACCAUGCGGUCCUAAUGCUCAAUGCAAAGUUAUCGGUGAUUCCCCAUCUUGCUCUUGCCUGGCAGAAUUCAUAGGUUCACCACCAAACUGCAGGCCAGAAUGCAUUUCUAACAGCGAAUGCGCAAAUCACUUGGCUUGUAUUAAUCAAAAAUGCAAAGAUCCAUGCCCCGGAACUUGUGGACAAAACGCCGAAUGUCGUGUAGUCAGUCACUCGCCUAAUUGUGUGUGCGUGCCAGGUUACACUGGAGAUCCAUUCUCUAUUUGUCACUUAAUACCAGCACCAGUACCAGUGGAAAACAUCAAUCCCUGCACACCAUCACCUUGUGGUGCCAACGCCCAAUGCAGAGUUCAAAAUAGAGCAGGAGCUUGUUCUUGUUUGCCAGAAUAUAUAGGAAAUCCUUACGAAGGAUGCAGACCUGAAUGUACCCUGAACUCCGAUUGUCCACAAAACAAGGCAUGCGUUAGAAAUAAAUGUAUCGAUCCUUGCCCGGGUACUUGCGGAACCAAUGCUAACUGUUACGUAAGAAAUCACUUGCCUCAGUGUACCUGUUUGCCGGGCUACACUGGAGACCCAUUCAGAUAUUGCAACUUACCAGCUCCAGAACCGGUUGUCGAAGAUAUUCCACAAAACCCAUGUCAACCAAGCCCUUGCGGUCCAAACAGUCAAUGUAGAGAAGUUAAUGGUCAAGCUGUUUGUUCUUGUUUGCCUGAAUACAUUGGCUCACCACCUAAUUGCAGACCUGAAUGUACCGUAAGCUCAGAAUGUCCUCAAAACAAGGCUUGUGUGAAUCGUAAAUGUGUUGAUCCAUGCCCUGGAACUUGUGGUUUGAACGCGAAUUGCCAAGUUAUCAAUCAUAGUCCAAUCUGUAGUUGCAUCUCUGGAUACACUGGAGAUCCUUUCACCAGAUGCUACCCAAUACCUCGUAAGUUAAUUUUUGCGCUUCCCAACGCAUAUUCUAAACUUAAUUUUAUAGCACCUCCGCCAGUAAUCGUAGAGGAACCGAUUAGGAAUCCUUGCGUACCUUCACCAUGUGGCCCCAAUAGUGAAUGUAGAGAUAUCGGUGGUGCACCUUCUUGCUCUUGCCUUCCCAAUUACAUUGGCAGUCCACCAAAUUGUCGACCAGAAUGUACAAUCAAUUCUGAAUGUCCUAGCAACUUGGCUUGUAUCAGAGAAAAAUGUAGAGACCCAUGCCCAGGAUCGUGUGGUGCUGGUGCUCAAUGUAGUGUCAUUAACCAUACUCCAAUAUGUACUUGUCCUGAUGGAUACACUGGAGAUCCAUUCAGUUACUGCCAAGUUAAACCACCACCACCACCAGAGCCAGUAGAAACAGAUCCUUGCAAUCCAAGCCCUUGUGGACCUAACGCCCAAUGCAACAAUGGUGUAUGCACUUGUUUGCCAGAAUAUCAGGGUGACCCUUACAGAGGUUGCAGACCAGAAUGUGUCUUAAACAAUGACUGCCCGAGAAAUAAGGCUUGCAUCAGAAACAAAUGUGUUGAUCCUUGCCCAGGAACAUGUGGACAAAAUGCGGAAUGUUCGGUUGUUAACCACAUUCCAAUUUGUACAUGUAUCACAGGUUAUACUGGAAAUGCGUUUGUUAUCUGUAACCCUGUACCAGCUCCAGUUGUAACAAACCCAUGUAACCCAUCUCCAUGCGGACCAAACUCCCAGUGCAGAGAAAUCAAUGGACAGGCUGUUUGCUCUUGCGUGCCAGGUUUUAUAGGAUCACCACCAGCUUGCAGACCUGAAUGUGUAACCAGUAAUGAAUGUCCCCUGACACAAGCUUGCGUCAAUCAAAAAUGUAUCGACCCUUGUCCUGGUACUUGCGGUUUGUCUGCCCAAUGCCAAGUAGUCAAUCACAAUCCAAUUUGUUCUUGUCCACCAAGAUUCACCGGCGACCCAUUCGUCAGAUGUACACCAAUUCCUGUGGAAGAACCAGUAAUCGUAAAUCCAUGCAAUCCAUCACCGUGUGGUCCUAACUCUCAAUGUAAAGACAUAAAUGGCUCACCAUCGUGCUCUUGUCUCCCAGAAUUUAUUGGUUCCCCACCAAAUUGCAGACCAGAAUGUGUCAGUAAUAGUGAAUGUGCCAGCCAUUUGGCUUGCAUCAACCAAAAAUGUAAAGAUCCUUGUCCAGGAAUUUGUGGUCAAAACGCCGAAUGUAGAGUUGUAAGCCACACACCAAAUUGCGUCUGUAUCUCUGGUUAUGUCGGCAAUCCGUUUGUACACUGCCAACUUCCACUACCGCCACCAGUUCAAGAACUUAUUGCUCCGUGCCAUCCUUCACCAUGUGGUGCUAAUGCCAUUUGUCAAGAACGUAACAAUGCAGGUUCAUGUACUUGUAUUCAGGGCUAUCUGGGUAAUCCUUAUGAAGGAUGUAGACCUGAAUGUGUGAUCAAUUCCGAUUGUCCAUCUAAUAAGGCUUGCGUUAAUAAUAAAUGUGUUGAUCCUUGCCCUGGUACUUGUGGCACCAAUGCUAACUGCCACGUAAGGAAUCACUUGCCACAAUGUACUUGCAUACCUGGCUACACUGGAGAUCCAUUCAGAUAUUGUAGUUUGCCCCCAGAACCGGUUGUUGAAGACGUUCCUCAAAAUCCAUGCCAACCAAAUCCUUGCGGACCAAACAGUCAAUGUAGAGAGAUUAACGGACAAGCAGUAUGUUCUUGUUUGCCUGAAUACGUUGGUUCACCACCAAGUUGCAGGCCAGAAUGUACUAUAAGUUCAGAAUGUCCUCAAAACAAAGCCUGCGUACAACAAAAAUGCGUUGAUCCUUGCCCCGGAACUUGCGGCUUAAAUGCCAAGUGCCAAGUCAUUAAUCACAGUCCAAUUUGUAGUUGCGUACCUGGUCAUACUGGUGAUCCAUUUACUCGUUGCUAUCCCAUUCCACCGCCUCCACCAAUUCAAGAAGUAGAACCGUACAGAAAUCCUUGUGUGCCAUCGCCUUGCGGACCAAAUUCACAAUGUAGAGACGUUGGCGGUUCUCCAUCGUGCAGUUGUUUAGCUAAUUAUAUCGGUAGCCCUCCAAAUUGCAGACCAGAAUGUACAAUCAACUCUGAAUGUCCCAGCAAUUUGGCUUGCAUUAGAGAAAAAUGUAGAGAUCCUUGUCCAGGUUCAUGUGGAAUUGGAGCACAAUGCAGUGUAAUUAAUCACACCCCAAUAUGCACCUGUCCUGACGGUUAUACCGGAGAUCCAUUCACCAGCUGCCAACCUAAACCACCACCACCGCCAGAGCCUGUAGAAACUGACCCUUGCAAUCCGAGUCCUUGUGGAGCAAACGCUCAAUGCAACAACGGAAUAUGCACAUGCCUGCCAGAAUAUCAAGGCGACCCAUACAGAGGUUGCAGACCUGAAUGCGUACUAAACAACGAUUGUCCAAGAGACAAAGCUUGUAUCAGAAAUAAAUGCGUAGAUCCUUGUCCAGGCACUUGCGGUCAAAACGCCGAAUGCGCAGUUCUUAACCACAUUCCUAUCUGUACUUGCAUUCCUGGUUAUACUGGAAAUGCAUUUAUCUCUUGCUCGAGAAUCCCAGAACCUGUGUACACCAACCCUUGCAAUCCAUCACCUUGCGGUCCAAACUCGCAAUGCCGAGAAAUUAACGGACAAGCUGUUUGCUCUUGCGUACCAGGAUUUAUUGGUAGUCCACCUGCGUGUAGACCGGAAUGUGUAACCAGCUCUGAAUGUGCUCUAAACAAGGCUUGCGUAAAUCAACAUUGUAUUGAUCCUUGUCCAGGAACUUGCGGAAUCAAUGCUGUUUGUCAAGUUGUCAACCACAAUCCAAUUUGUAGUUGCCCACCAAGACAAACUGGUGAUCCGUUCGUAAGAUGCUUGCCAAUAGUCGAAGAACCUGUUGUUACCCCUACAAAUCCAUGUCAACCAUCCCCAUGCGGACCAAACGCCCAAUGCAAAGAAAUUGGAGACUCUCCAUCUUGCUCUUGCUUGCCUGAAUUUAUUGGAUCACCACCAAACUGUAGACCUGAAUGCGUUUCUAACAGUGAAUGUGCCAAUCACUUGGCUUGUAUCAAUCAAAAAUGCAAGGACCCUUGUCCGGGCACAUGCGGACAAAAUGCGGAAUGUAGAGUAAUAAGUCACACACCCAACUGCGUAUGUUUACCUGGAUACGUCGGAGAUCCGUUCUCCAGAUGUAACUUACCACCAUCUCCACCCCAAGAAAUUAUAACGCCAUGUUCCCCAUCGCCAUGUGGAGCUAAUGCCGUGUGCAAAGAACGCAAUGGUGCCGGAUCUUGUUCAUGUUUGCCCGAAUACAUCGGCAACCCUUACGAAGGUUGCAGACCGGAAUGCGUCCUAAAUUCAGAUUGUCCCUCAAACAAAGCCUGCGUCAGAAAUAAAUGUGUUGACCCUUGUCCCGGAACAUGCGGCCAAAACUCCCAGUGUCAAGUUAUAAACCACGUGCCCACUUGUACUUGUAAUCCAGGUUACACUGGAGACCCGUAUACUUAUUGCAGUUUGCCAGCACCAGAACCUGUAAGAGAGGAGACCCCAACAAAUCCCUGCCAACCCUCCCCUUGCGGCCCCAACAGUCAAUGUAGGGAAGUCAAUGGACAAGCUGUAUGUUCUUGUUUGCCAGAAUAUGUCGGUUCCCCACCAAGUUGUAGACCCGAGUGUGUUGUAAGCUCUGAAUGUCCUUUGAAUAAAGCAUGUAUCAACCAGAAGUGUGCGGAUCCUUGUCCGGGCACUUGCGGAAUAAACGCGAAAUGUGAAGUGAUCAACCACAGCCCUAUUUGUAGUUGUACUAAUGGAAACACCGGUGAUCCAUUCACCAGGUGUUACCCAAUACCACCACCACCACCAGAGCCAGUUCAACCCGUUGUUACAAACCCUUGCGUACCCUCACCAUGUGGUCCUAACGCUCAAUGCAGAGACAUUGGAGGAGCACCAUCUUGCUCCUGCUUACCUAAUUAUAUAGGCCAACCACCUAAUUGCAGACCGGAAUGUAGCAUCAACUCCGAAUGUCCAAGUAACUUGGCUUGUAUCACUCAAAAAUGUAGAGAUCCUUGUCCUGGCUCUUGCGGAAGCAAUGCUCAAUGCAGCGUCAUCAAUCAUAUUCCAAUUUGUACAUGUCUCGAAGGUUACGUUGGUGAUCCAUUCAGUUACUGCCAGAUUAAACCUAAAGAAGUUCAACCAGUUGAAACUGAUCCUUGCAAUCCAAGUCCAUGCGGUCCAAACGCUCAAUGCAACAACGGAAUUUGCACGUGUCUACCAGAAUAUCAAGGCGAUCCUUACAGAGGAUGCAGACCUGAAUGUGUACUCAACAAUGAUUGUCCAAGAGACAAAGCUUGUAUCAGAAACAAAUGUAAAGACCCUUGUCCUGGUACUUGCGGACAAAACGCUGAAUGUGCUGUGAUUAAUCACAUACCGACAUGUACUUGCAUCCAAGGUUACACCGGAAAUGCAUUUGUUCUUUGCAAUCCAAUACCAGCUCCUAUACCAAUUAAUCCAUGCAAUCCUUCACCAUGUGGACCAAACUCACAAUGCAGGGAAAUUAAUGGACAAGCUGUAUGUUCUUGCGUACCAGGAUUUAUUGGUUCACCACCAUCUUGCAGACCUGAAUGCGUAACCAGUUCGGAAUGUCCUUUGAACCAAGCUUGUGUCAAUCAAAAGUGCAUCGAUCCUUGUCCCGGAACAUGUGGCAUUAAUGCCUUAUGUCAAGUGGUAAACCACAAUCCAAUUUGCAGUUGUCAACCUAGACACACUGGCGAUCCAUUCGUGAGAUGUACACCAAUAAGAGAACCAGUCGUAGAGGAACCGGUAAAUCCAUGUCAACCAUCACCAUGCGGUCCUAAUUCUCAAUGCAGGGAAGUUAAUGGCUCUCCUUCUUGCUCAUGUUUACCUGAAUUCAUCGGUUCUCCACCCAAUUGCAAACCUGAAUGUAUUAGCAACAGCGAAUGUCCAAACCAUUUGGCUUGUAUUAAUCAGAAAUGCAAGGAUCCAUGUCCUGGAACAUGCGGACAAAACGCUGAAUGUCGCGUUGUCAGCCACACUCCUAACUGUGUGUGCCUACCUGGAUACUUUGGAGAUCCAUUCUCUAUUUGCAAUAUUGAAAGCCGCCCUGUUGUCGUUGAAAGACCAACUCCAUGUUUACCUUCUCCUUGUGGCGCUAAUGCUAUGUGCAGAGAACAAAAUAAUGCAGGAGCUUGCUUCUGUCUGCCUGAAUAUAUUGGAAAUCCUUACGAAGGUUGCAGACCUGAAUGUGUACUUAACUCUGAUUGUCCUUCAAACAAAGCGUGCGUCAGGAAUAAGUGUGUUGAUCCUUGCCCUGGCACAUGUGGACAGAACGCUCAAUGUCAAGUUGUUAAUCAUUUACCAUCUUGCACUUGCCUUCCUGGCUACACUGGUGAUCCGUUCAGAUACUGUAACAUCUACCAAGAACCUGUGAAACAAGAAGAACCUGUUAAUCCUUGCCAACCUUCUCCAUGUGGGCCAAAUAGUCAAUGUCGAGAAGUAAAUGGCCAAGCUGUAUGUUCAUGUUUACCAGAAUAUAUAGGUUCUCCUCCUGGCUGUAGACCAGAGUGUGUUACAAGCUCCGAAUGUCCACAAAAUAAGGCUUGCCUUAAUCAGAAAUGCGUUGAUCCUUGCCCUGGAACUUGUGGAUUAAAUGCUAAUUGCCAAGUAAUCAAUCACAGUCCAAUUUGCAGUUGUAUACCAGGAAAUACAGGAGAUCCAUUUACUAGGUGUUACCCAAUACCUCCACCUCCACCAGAACCUAUUCAACCAGUGGUCACAAAUCCAUGCGUUCCAUCUCCUUGCGGACCAAACUCUCAAUGCAGAGAUAUUGGAGGUGCACCUUCUUGCUCUUGUUUGGCUAAUUUCAUUGGCCAACCACCAAACUGCAGACCGGAAUGUACUAUUAAUUCUGAAUGUCCAAGCAACUUGGCCUGCAUAAACCAGAAAUGUAGAGAUCCUUGUCCAGGAUCAUGUGGCGCUGGAGCUCAAUGCAGUGUCAUUAACCACACUCCAAUCUGUACUUGUCCUGAAGGUUACACUGGAGAUCCAUUCAGUUAUUGUCAACCGAAACCACCUGCACCACCAGAGCCUGUAGAAACAGACCCUUGCAAUCCAAAUCCUUGUGGACCAAACGCCCAAUGCGACAAUGGAAUUUGUACAUGUCUGCCAGAAUAUCAAGGAGAUCCUUACAGAGGAUGCAGACCUGAAUGUGUGCUUAACAAUGAUUGUCCAAGAGAUAAAGCAUGUAUCAGAAACAAAUGUAAAGAUCCUUGUCCGGGAACAUGUGGCCAAAACGCCGAAUGUGCAGUAAUCAAUCACAUUCCAACUUGCAGUUGUAUACAAGGAUACACUGGCAACGCCUUCGUACUUUGCUCUCCUAUUCCUGUCGAAAUUCCGAAGAACCCAUGCAAUCCAUCUCCGUGCGGUCCAAACUCACAAUGUAGAGAAAUUAAUGGACAAGCUGUCUGCUCUUGCGUACCUGGUUUUAUUGGUUCACCACCAGCUUGUAGACCUGAAUGUGUUACAAGUCAAGAAUGUCCAUUAAAUCAGGCUUGUGUAAAUCAAAAAUGCAUUGAUCCUUGUCCUGGAACAUGCGGAUUGAACGCUCUUUGCCAAGUAGUCAACCACAAUCCAAUUUGUAGUUGUCCACCUGGUCAAACCGGCGAUCCAUUCACCAGAUGCUUGCCACAAAGAGAUGAACCAGUUGUUGUACCGUCAAACCCAUGUCAACCUUCACCGUGUGGGCCAAAUGCUCAAUGCCGCGUUGUAGGUGAUGCUCCAUCAUGCUCUUGUUUACCAGAAUUUAUCGGUACACCACCAAAUUGCCGACCAGAAUGUAUAUCUAACAGUGAGUGUGCUAAUCACUUGGCAUGUAUCAACCAGAAAUGCAAAGAUCCCUGCCCCGGAACAUGCGGUCAAAAUGCUGAAUGUAGAGUCGUUAGUCAUACACCCAACUGUGUGUGCCUGCCAGGAUAUGUAGGAAAUCCGUUUGUACAAUGUCAACAGAAGGUUGAGGAGCCAAUACAAGAGAGACCAACUCCUUGUGUACCAUCCCCAUGUGGUGCUAACGCAGUUUGCAGAGAACAAAACGGAGCUGGAUCUUGCUCUUGUUUGCCAGAUUAUAUUGGAAACCCCUAUGAAGGAUGUAGACCCGAGUGUACUUUGAAUUCUGAUUGUCCAUCUAACAAGGCUUGUAUCAAUAAUAAGUGCAAAGAUCCUUGUCCAGGAACAUGCGGGCAAAACGCUAACUGCCAAGUUAUCAAUCACUUGCCGUCCUGUACUUGUAUACCAGGAUACACUGGAGAUCCUUUCAGAUAUUGCUCAUUGCCACCACCUGAACCUGUAAAAGACGAAACUCCACAAAACCCAUGCCAACCUUCACCAUGUGGUCCAAACAGUCAAUGUAGAGAAGUUAAUGGACAAGCAGUUUGCUCUUGCUUACCUGAAUACAUCGGUUCUCCACCAGGUUGUCGCCCAGAAUGUACUGUCAGCUCUGAAUGUCCACAAAACAAAGCUUGCGUCAACCAAAAAUGUGUUGAUCCUUGUCCUGGAACCUGCGGCCUUAAUGCCAACUGCCAAGUGAUUAAUCACAGUCCAAUUUGUAGUUGCAUACCAGGUCAUACUGGAGAUCCAUUCACGCGUUGUUACCCAAUACCACCACCACCAGUUACACCUAUUGAACCUGUGGUAGUUAAUCCUUGCGUUCCAUCACCAUGCGGCCCCAAUUCACAAUGCAGAGAUGUCGGUGGUUCACCUUCAUGCUCUUGUCUGCCCACAUUUAUCGGAAGUCCACCAAACUGUCGUCCCGAAUGUACUAUCAACUCAGAAUGUUCAAGUAACUUGGCUUGUAUCACUCAGAAAUGUAGGGAUCCAUGCCCAGGCUCUUGCGGAAGCAACGCUCAAUGCAGCGUCAUCAAUCACAUUCCAAUUUGUACAUGUCUGGAAGGUUACGUUGGAGAUCCAUUCAGUUACUGUCAGAUCAAACCUAAGGAAGUAAAACCACUUGAAUCAGAUCCUUGUAACCCAAGCCCUUGCGGUGCAAACGCUCAAUGCAACAACGGAAUUUGCACAUGUCUACCAGAAUAUCAAGGCGAUCCUUACAGAGGAUGCAGACCUGAAUGUGUAUUAAACAACGAUUGCCCAAGAGACAAGGCUUGUAUUAGAAACAAGUGCAAGGAUCCAUGCCCGGGAACUUGUGGUCAAAACGCUGAAUGUGCCGUAAUCAACCAUAUACCUACCUGUUCUUGCAUACAAGGUUACACCGGAAAUGCUUUCGUACUUUGCAAUCCUAUACCAGUUGAAUUACCCAAGAAUCCAUGCAAUCCGUCUCCGUGCGGUCCAAACUCCCAAUGCCGAGAAAUCAAUGGCCAAGCUGUUUGUUCUUGCGUACCAGGAUUUAUUGGCUCACCACCAGCUUGCAGACCUGAAUGUGUUACAAGUCAGGAAUGUCCAUUAAAUCAGGCUUGUGUAAAUCAAAAAUGUAUCGAUCCAUGCCCUGGAACAUGCGGUAUUAACGCCCUAUGUCAAGUUGUCAAUCACAAUCCAAUCUGCAGUUGUCCUAACAAAUAUUCCGGUGAUCCAUUUAUUAGAUGUCUACCAAUAAGGGAAGAACCAGUUGUAGAACCAACAAACCCAUGUCAACCUUCUCCUUGUGGACCAAACGCCCAAUGCAGAGAAGUAAACGGUUCACCUUCGUGCUCGUGCUUGCCAGAAUUUGUAGGUUCACCACCAAACUGCAAACCUGAAUGCGUUGCAAAUAGCGAAUGCGCAAAUCAUUUGGCCUGUAUUAACCAGAAAUGUAAAGAUCCUUGUCCCGGUACAUGCGGUGAGAACGCCGAGUGUCGUGUCGUAAGUCACACACCAAAUUGCGUAUGUGUUUCUGGAUACGUUGGUAAUCCGUUCGUAAGAUGUAACGUGGCUGAACAACCUAAACCUGUUGAAAACAUCAACCCAUGUUUCCCAUCUCCAUGUGGUGCUAACGCCAUUUGUAGAGAACAAAAUAACGCAGGAUCUUGUACUUGUAUAGCUGAUUAUAUUGGUAACCCCUACGAAGGUUGCAGACCUGAAUGUGUCCUCAAUUCCGACUGUCCAUCUAAUAAGGCUUGUAUUAGCAACAAAUGCAAAGAUCCUUGCCCGGGAACAUGCGGACAAAACGCCGAAUGUCAAGUGGUUAAUCAUUUACCAUCAUGUACUUGUAUUCCUGGCUACACUGGAGAUCCAUUCAGAUACUGCAGUGUCAUACCUCCUCCUAAGGAAGAACCAUUGCCACCUUCCAACCCUUGCCAACCAUCACCAUGCGGACCAAAUUCACAAUGUCGCGAGAACAAUGGACAAGCAAUUUGCUCUUGUCUGCCUAACUAUAUUGGCAGUCCGCCAGGUUGUCGCCCAGAAUGUACUGUCAGCUCUGAAUGUCCUCAAGACAAGGCUUGUGUCAAUCAAAAAUGUGUCGAUCCUUGCCCAGGAACGUGUGGAUUAAACGCCAAAUGUAACGUGAUCAACCACAGUCCUAUCUGUAGUUGUUCUCCAGGCCACACUGGAGAUCCAUUUACAAGAUGUUACUCAAUACCACGUAAGAUAACCUUAAUCAAAUUGGAUCUAUUUGAUCCUAACAAGAAACUUAUUUUAGCGCCUCCACCAGAACCUGUACAACCAGUUUACACCAACCCUUGUGUACCCAACCCUUGCGGCCCCAACUCUAUUUGUCAAGAUAUCAACGGAUCACCUUCUUGUUCAUGUAUCUCUAACUUUAUUGGAAGCCCACCAAACUGCAGACCUGAAUGUACCAUCAAUUCAGAGUGCUCAAGUAACUUAGCUUGUAUUAAUCAGAAAUGCAGAGAUCCUUGUCCAGGAUCUUGCGGAGCUGGAGCUCUCUGCAGUGUGAUCAAUCAUACGCCAAUCUGCAGUUGUCCUGAAGGAUAUACUGGUGAUGCUUUCAGUAGAUGCUAUCCUAAACCACUACCACCUAAACCAGUUGAAACCGAUCCUUGCAAUCCAAACCCAUGUGGUCCAAACGCUCAAUGCAACAACGGAAUUUGUACUUGUCUACCAGAAUACCAAGGUGAUCCGUAUAGAGGAUGCAGACCUGAAUGCGUACUAAAUAGUGACUGUCCAAGAGACAAGGCUUGUAUCAAUCAAAAAUGUAAAGACCCAUGUCCAGGAACUUGCGGUCAAAACGCUGAAUGCGCCGUAAUUAAUCACAUACCUUCCUGUUCUUGUAUACAAGGAUACACUGGAAACGCUUUUGUAUUAUGUACACCAAUUCCAGUUGAACUACCUAAGAAUCCUUGCAACCCAUCUCCAUGCGGUCCAAACUCUCAAUGCAGAGAAAUCAACGGUCAAGCGGUUUGUUCUUGCGUGCCUGGUUUCAUUGGCAGCCCGCCCACAUGUAGACCCGAGUGUGUUACUAGUCAAGAGUGUUCUCUAAGUCAAGCUUGCGUAAACCAAAAAUGUAUUGAUCCUUGCCCGGGAACUUGUGGACUGAGCGCCAGAUGCCAGGUUGUCAACCACAACCCGAUCUGCAGUUGUCCUAGUCGAUACACCGGUGAUCCAUUCAUAAGAUGUACUCCCAUACGUGAAGAACUACCACCGACCCCUGUGAAUCCAUGCAAUCCGUCACCAUGUGGACCAAAUUCUCAAUGCAAAGAAAUUAAUGGUUCUCCAUCCUGCUCCUGCCUACCAGAAUUUAUUGGUGCACCACCAAACUGUCGCCCAGAAUGUGUCAGUAACAGUGAAUGUGCUAAUCACUUAGCUUGUAUCAAUCAGAAAUGUAAAGAUCCAUGUCCAGGAGUUUGCGGACAGAACGCUGAGUGCAGAGUGGUCAGCCACACACCAAACUGCGUCUGUAUCAACGGUUACUCUGGAAAUCCAUUCCAAAGAUGUGUUAUUCCAGAAAUAUCUAUUCCAAGACCAGCAGAACAAAUCAAUCCUUGUUUCCCAUCUCCUUGUGGUGCAAAUGCCAUCUGUAAAGAACGCAACAAUGCAGGUUCCUGCGUUUGUUUGCCAGACUUCAUCGGUAAUCCUUAUGAAGGUUGCAGACCAGAAUGUACUCUGAACUCAGAUUGUCCUUCAAAUAAGGCUUGUAUUAACCAGAAAUGUAAAGAUCCUUGUCCAGGAACUUGCGGACAAAAUGCUGAAUGUCAAGUCAUUAACCACUUACCAUCUUGUACUUGCUAUGCUGGUUAUACUGGAGAUCCGUUCAGAUAUUGCAAUGUUAUACCACCACCUAAAGAAGUACCACUGCCACCAUCCAAUCCUUGUCAACCAUCUCCUUGUGGUCCAAACUCACAAUGUCGCGAAAACAACGGACAAGCAAUUUGCUCUUGUCUUCCAAAUUACAUUGGAAGCCCACCAGGUUGUAGGCCAGAAUGUACUGUCAGUUCGGAAUGUCCACAAAACAGAGCUUGCGUCAAUCAGAAAUGCGUGGAUCCAUGUCCAGGCACUUGCGGUCUGAACGCUCGUUGCGAAGUAAUCAAUCACAGCCCAAUCUGCAGUUGUUCUCAAGGACAUACUGGAGAUCCAUUUACUAGAUGUUACCCAAUACCUCCGCCUCCACCAAAACCGGUUGAGCCAAUAAUUACAGACCCAUGUGUACCAUCACCAUGUGGUCCCAACAGUCAAUGUAGAAACAACGGUGGUUCACCAGUUUGCUUCUGUCUACCUAACUUUAUAGGAAACCCACCAAAUUGCAGACCAGAAUGUACCAUUAACUCUGAAUGUCCAAGCAAUUUAGCUUGCAUUAACGAGAAAUGUAGAGAUCCUUGUCCAGGCUCCUGUGGUAUUACCGCAAUUUGCGAAGUAAGAAAUCACAACCCUAUCUGUACUUGCCCACGUGGCUACCAAGGUGAUGCGUUCGUAUCUUGUAAUCCUAUUCCUCCACCACCUCAACCACCAGUAGAGACAGAUCCUUGUAAUCCAAAUCCUUGUGGACCAAACGCGCGUUGUAACGACGGAGUGUGCACGUGUCUACCAGAAUAUCAAGGUGAUCCUUACAGGGAAUGCAGGCCUGAAUGUGUACUCAACUCAGAUUGUCCAAGAGACAAGGCUUGUAUUAAUCAAAAAUGUAAAGACCCAUGCCCAGGAACCUGCGGACAAAACGCCGAAUGCAACGUGUUCAAUCAUUAUCCAUCGUGCAAUUGCAUUGAAGGAUACAGCGGAGAUCCAUUCGUCCUUUGCACCAAAAUUGAGACACCUCCACCUAAAAACCCAUGUUACCCAUCACCGUGCGGUCCAAAUUCCCAAUGCCGGGAAAUCAACGGCCAGGCUGUUUGCUCUUGUGUGCCAGGUUAUAUCGGUGCCCCACCCACUUGCAGACCCGAAUGCGUUGUCAGUUCUGAGUGCGCCUUGAACAAAGCUUGCGUUAAUCAAAAAUGUAUCGACCCUUGCCCCGGAACUUGCGGUUUAAGCGCCCUUUGCCAAGUUGUAAACCACAACCCAAUAUGCACUUGUCCACCACAAUACACAGGCGAUCCCUUCAUCCGAUGCCAAGUCGUUAUUGUUAAUGAACCCGUCGUGACACCCGAGCCCAAAGACCCUUGCGUACCCUCCCCAUGCGGCGCAAACUCCAAAUGUGAAGUCUUACCAUCCGGCACGGCAAAAUGCUCCUGUUUACCCACCUACAUUGGUAGCCCACCAAAUUGCAGACCCGAAUGUGUUACCAAUAACGAUUGUUCGAGGGAUUUGGCAUGUAUCAACAGAAAGUGUUCCGACCCUUGCCCAGGCAGUUGCGGCCUGAACGCUCGUUGUUUAGUCAACAACCAUGUACCCAACUGUCUAUGUUUGGAUAACUAUGUAGGAGAUCCUUUCACUCUUUGCACUGUUAAACCAGCGCCUCCACCACCACAACCAGAACCAAGAGAUCCAUGCUACCCGUCGCCGUGUGGACCUAACGCUCACUGCAGAGUAGAAAACACUUAUGCAGUCUGUGAAUGUCUGCCAGAAUACCAUGGUAACCCAUAUGAAGGAUGCAGACCAGAAUGUCUGUCCAAUUCUGAUUGUCCAAUGAACCGAGCUUGCAUAAACAAUAAAUGUCAAGAUCCAUGCCCAGGAACCUGCGGUGUCAAUGCCCUUUGCACUGUCACCAAUCAUGUUCCAGUUUGCUCUUGUCCAGACGGAUUCACCGGAGAUGCCUUCAGACUAUGUCAACAAAUUAUUGAGGAACCACCACGUGACCCAUGCAAUCCAUCACCUUGCGGUAUCAACACAAUUUGCAGGAAAUCUGGCGACAACGCUAUAUGCGAGUGUUUGCCAGGUUUCUUCGGAACACCAAGCGCAGGAGGUUGCCGACCAGAAUGUACUAUCAGUGCUGAUUGCUCGAGAGACAAAGCUUGCGUUAACACCAAGUGUGUUGACCCAUGCCCAGGCGUCUGCGGUUUCGGUGCUGUUUGCAAUGUUAUAAAUCAUAGUCCAGUAUGUAGCUGCCCGCCACCAUUAGUUGGAGAUCCGUUCAAUUUAUGCAAAGAAGAACCUAAACCAGAACCUACAGACCCAUGCAAUCCAUCGCCAUGCAGACUUAAUGGCCAAUGUAGAGUUGUAAACGGAGCUGCUACAUGCAUCUACCCCGAAUGUAUCAUUAAUCAAGAUUGUCCAAGAGACAAGGCUUGUUACAGUCAGAAAUGCAGAGAUCCUUGUAGAGAUGCUUGCGGUCUGAACGCUCUUUGUACCGCCGUCAACCACAAAGCAAUAUGUUCUUGCCCACCGGGCUACACCGGUCCACCGGAAGUUAGAUGCUUGUUGCAACCAGUUGAAGAACCGAAACCGAAAGUAGAAUGCACCACCGACUCUGAAUGUACCAAUGACAAAGCCUGCAUCAACAAUCAAUGCCAGAACCCAUGUGCAGCCAGUCCAACUUUGUGUGGCCAGAACGCCGAGUGUCGCGUGCAACUGCAUCGUGCAGUUUGCACGUGCAGAGACGGCUUCACUGGUAACGCACAACACGCUUGCUUCGAAAUUGGCUGCAGAUCUGACUCUGAAUGUCCACCAACUCAGGCAUGUGUCAAUCGCGAAUGCGUUGACCCUUGCUCGUUCACAUCUUGCGGUAUCAACGCUCAGUGCCGAGCUGAUUACAAUCACAAAGCUAGAUGCUACUGCCCUGAUAGAUUCAGAGGAGAUCCUUUGGUUAAAUGUGACAGACCUGAAUGUACAACUGACGAGGAAUGUCCAUACAAUUUGGCCUGCAGGAACGAACGUUGCGAAGAUCCGUGCAACUGUGGACUGGGCGCUAUAUGUACUGUCACCAAUCACAGACCUCAAUGCUCUUGUCCUCCUGGAUACAUUGGAAAUCCACUGAGCUCAUGUACAGUACAACCUGUCGAAGUUGAACCGGAAUGUAGGAUGGACUCUGAUUGUCCAAGCAAACUGGCCUGCUUCAGUGGCACUUGCAAGAAUCCAUGCAGAGAAACUAAACCUUGCGGAAGAAAUGCCGAAUGUAUUGUCAUCGAUAGUUUGCCUUUGAGAACAAUGUCUUGCAUGUGUCUUCCAGGAUUUGUAGGUGAUGCCGACACAGAAUGCAAACCAGCUCCACAAGAAGAACCAGGUUGCAAGAACAACGACGAAUGUCCUCAGACCGAAACAUGUCUGAACAGAAAGUGUGUCAACCCAUGUUCUCUAGGAAAUCCAUGCGCAACAACUGCUGAAUGUCAAGCUAUCAACCAUAAAGCUCUUUGCAAGUGUCCAGCUGGAUUAAUUGGUGAUCCUUUCCUAAGAUGCUACGAGCAACCGAAGACCAAGCCAGAAUGUACAGUGGAUUCAGAAUGUAGCAACGACAAAUCUUGCAUCAACCAACGUUGCCAAGAUCCUUGCCUCUUGUCAAACCCUUGCGGUACUAACGCUGAGUGUAGAACUACCUUCCACAGACCAACAUGCCACUGUCCAGAUAAUUGGGUUGGAAAUCCACAAAUCAUGUGCUACAAACCCGAAUGUAAAUCUGACCCAGACUGUCCUUACAACAAGGCUUGUAUCAACGAAAAUUGCUUAGAUCCAUGCUCAACGAAAUCCUGCGGCCGAGGUGCCCAGUGUAUCGUACAAAAUCACAGAGCUCAGUGUCAAUGUCCUCCUGGUACUCAAGGAGAUCCGCUCUUCUCUUGUAUCACUGGCAUUUGUCACUACAAUGAAGACUGUGCCGACCAUGAGGCUUGCGAUCGCUUAAACAGGGUCUGCCGACCGGUUUGCGACGACGAUACAUGCGCUGACACCGCCAACUGUGUAGGAAAGAACCAUCAACCUAAAUGCACUUGUCCAAUUGGUACUACAGGAAAUCCAUUCGUCGAAUGCUUAGGAUUUAGAGAACCAACUCCUGAAUGUAAGACAGAUUCAGAAUGUCCUUCAAGAUACGUCUGUAUGAACGAGCGCUGCGAAGAUCCUUGUGCGGCAGGCGACAUAUGUACCAUCGACCAAGAGUGUAAGGUUUUGGACACAUUGCCCUUACGUACUGUAAUGUGCAUGUGCCCACCUGACACCAUUGGCGAUAUCUCAGGACGUUGUGUACCAAUUGUUCACGAACAACCCGGAUGCAAACUGGACUCUGAAUGUAACGACAAAGACAAAUGCGUACGAGGCGGUUGUAUUGAAGCCUGUAGAAUUGACCGAUGCGGAGUUAACGCUAUAUGCAAUUCUGUUCACCAUCAAGCCGUUUGCACUUGUGCUCCAGGCUACAUCGGCAAUCCACAUAUCGAAUGUACCAACAUUCCUAAAACACCUACAGUACCGAUCGUACCAGAAUGUUACAGCGACGACGAAUGUUCUUAUGACAAGAGAUGCAAGAACGAACAGUGUGUUAAUCCUUGUGUCGCAGACAAACCUUGCGCAGUUGGAGCGUUCUGUUCCGUCACCAAACACCAACCUGUUUGUAGGUGUCCAGCUGGAUACGAAGGAAACCCACAAAUUGAAUGCAUAGCCCCACUUGGCCCAACUGUUGGAUGUACCAGCAACUCAGAAUGUCCUCAGAGCGAAUCUUGUAUCAAUCGUUUAUGUGCCAGCCCAUGCAACUGCGGACCUAACGCAGAGUGCAAGGUUGUAAACCACUACCCAACUUGCUAUUGUCAACCUGGAUAUUCUGGAAACCCACAAAUCGGUUGCACCAAACUUGGCUGUCAAUCUGACAACGAAUGCAGUAAUGACAAACAAUGCUACAAUGGCCAGUGUAUAAACCCAUGCAUUCUCAACGACCCAUGUGCCAGAAAUGCAGAGUGCUUCGGACAAAAUCACGUCGCUAACUGCAAAUGUCCAUCAGGUACCGAAGGCGAUCCAUUUACUCGUUGCGAACGCGUCGAAUGCCACACCGAUUCAGAAUGCCCGAACAACAGAGCCUGCAUUUCACAACGCUGCGUCGAUCCUUGCUCAGAAAUCGCUAAUCCACCGUGUGCUCAGAACGCCAUUUGCUACGCUCAGAACCAUGCCGCUGGUUGCAUUUGUCCACCACACUUGCCCGAAGGUAAUCCAAUGGCUUACUGCUCAGCUCCACCUAAAGUGGCAGACAGACCAGAAUGUGAACUCGACACAGACUGUCCCAGCAAAUUGGCUUGUAUCAGAAAUGAAUGCGUCAACCCUUGCGAGAGUCUUUCACCGUGCCAUCACACUGCCCACUGUAGCGUGCUAGACACAGUACCAGUGAGAACAAUGAUCUGUACUUGUCCAGAAGGAUGGGUUCCCAACGACAAUGGUGAAUGUCACGCAGUGGUUGUACCAAUUCCACCAGGUUGCACCCGAGACGACGACUGCUCAGAAAACGAGGCUUGUAUUAACAGACUCUGCAGAAACCCAUGCGACUGUGGUACCAACGCACAAUGUCUGAUCCAAAAUCACAGACCAAUCUGCUCUUGCGAACAAGGCUUUGAAGGUAACCCCAACAUUGCUUGUAGACGAGUAGGUUGCAGAAUCGAUUCUGAAUGUGAAAGUGGAAAGGCCUGUAUAAAUGGAAACUGCAUCAACCCAUGCUUAGUAAAGGAUCCUUGUGGAAUCAACGCGGAAUGCUAUGUAUACCAGAACAGAGCUGAAUGUCGCUGUUUGAGCGGAUACAGAGGAAAUCCAAUGGACAGAUGUAUUGUUGUGGGAUGUGUCUCCAACAGUGACUGUCCUGGUGAUCGACAAUGUAUCAACGCGCAAUGUAUCAAUCCAUGCGUCUAUGACAAUCCUUGCUCACCACGCGCCGAAUGCCGAGUUCAGAACCACAUGGCACUCUGUAGAUGUCCUGUAGGAUUCUUAGGUAACCCCUACGUAGAUUGCAGACCUGAACCACAACCAGAAUGUCGCGAGGAUAGUGAAUGUCCAUCAAGAUUGGCUUGUCUCAACCAAAAAUGCCAGAAUCCUUGCGCUAUACUUGAACCGUGCCACAGACCAUCCGAAUGUCAAGUUGUUGGAUCAGUACCAGUAAGAACAAUGAUAUGCGUGUGCCCUCCAGGAUACAUCAGUAGCGGAAGUGGCACCUGCAAUCCCGUUAAGGCCAUCACGGAAAUUGGAGCUUGCGUCAGCGACAGCGAAUGUCCUUCUGACAAGGCUUGCUUCAAUGGAAUCUGUAGAGAUCCAUGCAACUGCGGCAUCAACUCAGAGUGUAGAGUUAAAGACCACAAACCGGUUUGCACUUGUAGACAAGGCUUCGACGGCAAACCCGAAAUCGAAUGCCACAGAAUCGGAUGCAGAAGCGAUGACGAAUGUUCACCACAACACCAGUGCAUCAAUAGGCAAUGCGUACCAGCUUGUUCUGCCGACGGUUCUACCUGUGGAACAAAUGCUGAAUGUUACGCCACCAAUCACAGAGCUAUCUGCGAAUGUCCACCAGGACUCAUGGGCAACCCCAAGUUGUCCUGCGUGCUGGUCGGAUGCAGAUCUGACACCGAAUGUCCUGGAGGAAGAGCUUGCAUUAACAACAAGUGCGAAGAUCCGUGCGAAGCCGCCAAUCCUUGCGACGCCCCAGCCAAAUGUAAGGUCUUCAACCAUGCCGUACAAUGUGCCUGUCCACCUGGUACCGUCAGCGACGGCAAAAUGGGAUGCAUCCAAGUCGAAGAUAAAUGCAGACAAGACUCAGACUGUCCAUCACAGUUUGCUUGUAUCGGAGGCGAAUGCGUCAAUCCUUGUGAGGCCACGGAACCUUGCGGUGUCAAUGCUGAGUGUACAGUACUAAACACCGAACCUGUCAGGACUAUGAUCUGCGAAUGUUUGCCUGGAUACCAAGGAAAUGCUGCCGUACAAUGUGACAAAAUGGAACUGUGUAGAACAGACAAGGGUUAUGUAAGGACCGCCGACGGUAAAUGCGUAUGUCCACCAAACAGUGCUCUCAAUGAAAACGACGAGUGCAUACCGUGCAGAAUAGAAAAAGGAUUCAAGGUUGACGAAAGAGGCCGUUGCGUUUGCGCACUCGAAAGAGGUCUUAUUAUCGAUGAACGUGGUAACUGCGUCUGCCCAAUAGAGUUCGGCUACAGACUAGACAGUAGAGGAAAUUGCAUACCGAAAUCUGGACCUGAAUGUGAAGAGGACGACGAUUGCGCCGAUCACAAAUACUGUAAUCCUAACACCAAGACUUGCGACGAUCCUUGCCAGACUAAACAUUGUGGAAUCAACGCUCUUUGCAAUGCUACCAAUCAUCGUGCUGUCUGUCAAUGUAUUGCCGGAUACACUGGAGAUCCAGAACUACUUUGCAAUCACACCUCACCAUUCAGAACGGACUUCCCAAGACCAGAAAUGCAAGUCAGUUGCUUGUCGGAUGGAGUCCAAUUGGAAAUUCACAUCACCGAAGCUGGUUUCAAUGGCGUACUCUAUGUUAAGGGACACAGUAAAGACGAACAGUGCCGAAGAGUUGUUACACUGCCACCUGACUCCACUCAAAGACUAGAAAUCUUCAAAGUACAGUUCGGAAACUGCGGUCUCAUACACGUCAAUGGACAAGCCAGCUUCGUAUUGGUUAUACAGAAACAUCCAAAACUGGUUACAUACAAAGCUCAAGCUUACCACAUUAAAUGCGUCUACCAAACCGGAGAACAGAACGUUACUCUUGGUUUCAACGUAUCGAUGUUGACAACAGCCGGAACUAUCGCUAACACUGGUCCACCACCAACAUGUCUAAUGAAAAUUGUUACUCCAACUGGCCAAGAAAUUAACUCCGCCGAAAUCGGAGACAAUCUGAUGCUCCAAGUUGAUGUACAACCAGGCUCAAUCUAUGGAGGAUUCGCCAGAAGCUGCGUGGCGAAAACAAUGGAGGACAGUAUUGAGAACGAAUACAUUGUAACUGAUGAAAAUGGUUGUGCUACGGAUCCUACAAUCUUCGGAGAGUGGGAUUACAAUCCCGACACGCAAAGCUUGUUGGCCAGCUUCAAUGCCUUCAAGUUCCCAAGCAGCGAUAACAUUCGGUUCCAAUGUAAUAUUCGUGUCUGUUUCGGCAAAUGCCAACCAGUCAACUGUAGAGGAUACAACGCAUUCGGAAGACGCAGAAGAUCAGUCGAAGAAAACAGCACUGACGUUGCAGUGUCUGGAGACUUACUCUCAGGCCAAUUACGUGAAGAAAUCACCAUUCAAUCCAACGCCAUUUUAACCUUUGAGAAACGUGAGGAACGAUCCUCAGACCCACGUGAAGCGGCGAACGCACAGAGGGGAGUGGAAGACAUUUGCGUUUCCAUGAUUGGGUUUAUCAUUGCCUUAAUUAUAACUGCCUUGUUGGCUCUGGUUGCGGUGGCGGUGGCGGUUUCUUGUUGGCUAAUGGCGUACAGACGACGUCCAAAGGCGACAGGACCGUUGCCCCAUCCGCCAGAGUUCCCGAACCCGUUGUUCACAACGCCCGAGCCCAUCUCGGAACCCACCCCAGACUACCUCACGUAGACACUGCUGAACAAUAUUUUUUUAGUUUUUAAGUACUCAAUUUUUGAUCAUAUACACCAACCAUGACUAAAAUUUUGCAUAGUUAAAGACGACAUGCUCUUGAGCACGAUACACGAUACUCGAAUUUUUUAUAUAUAUUUUAUAUUUAAACGUUUAUUAUUUGUAUAUUUAAUUCCGUCAGUUCGUGACGAUUCCAUACUUCUUUUUGUAUCCGUCCAAAAUGCUGCUCACUGAACAAUACUGCCAAAAAGGAAGAGGUGGAAUCUCACCAACUACUAUUAGUAAAUUUAGACGAGCGAAAUAAAUAAAGUCAUACCGCCUAGUUAAUAGAAGAAAAGAGAACAAUGUAUGGCUUAUGUAUUUCUGACUAUCUUUUCCAUUGGCUGUAUUCUACGCUGUUACGAAACCUACACAGACAAGGGAAAAUUUAAUAAUGGUGGUGGUCUUCUUGUAACGCUUAACAGAAAAAUCCCUUAAUUUUGUUUGAUGUUUGAUAUUCGCCCCUUGGAUCUGUUUUUGUGUUAUAUUACUGUUUCCUAUUGUAUAUAAAUUCGAAAUAGAAUACUUUUCCAAGCAGCCACUGGAAGAUGUAGAGAUUAUUUUAGAUAAGACUAUAAAUAUUAUAUGACUUGUAUAAAGAGUGUGAAUGAGAAUUGAAUGCGGAGUCCAACUGUCUGAUGAUACUCCGAAAUUUUUAUUUUGGUGCUGACUGAUUUUAUUUACUCAAAGCAGUCAAAACAAUGUUUAGUCAAUCAUUUAAUUAAUUAAUAGUACCUAUAUACUUUGUAAGUCUCAACGAGGCAGAACUAUUCAUAACCAAAAAAGUAUUAAAUUGAAAAAUUUACUAAAUUGUAUAGAUAAUUCGGCUUAAUCAAUUUUAUACUAUGCCUGUGAAUGUUAAAAAAAAUCUUUUCCACGCUACGUCUAACUAUUUCAUUAUUUAUAUGUUAAUUUGUAAUUCUAUUCUAUUGUAAUUUGACGUCUAACGACUUAAUUGUCAUAUUGUGAUAAUCGCUUCUUUAAUAAAGAUUGUUUAAUAAUA